GCACUUUACUGUAACAGAGCCAUUUCCAGCCUCCUCCCGCUGGCACUUCAGACUGGAGGCUGCAGAGAGUCUGAAGUACACAUUUCUUCAAAAACGGCUGCAGAUGAAAAAACACUGAAAACCAUGCUUCGGGUAAUUGUGGAAUCUGCUUCCAAUAUCCCUAGACAUAAAUUCGGAAAACCAGAUCCUAUCGUGUCCGUUAUUUUUAAAGGUAAGGAAAGCUAACUUGUGAAAGAUUAUUUUAAGGAUGUUUUUCAAUGUGCCAAGGUGCCAUGAUAAAAAGUGUAACAGUUCUGGUAAUUUGCAAAUGACAUACUUCUGAAGAAAGUAGUAACUUUUGUACAACACAGGUUUUUUUAAAGAACUGGAAAGUGGUUGGGUGGCAUUUUGUGGAGCGGCUCUUUCUAAACUUCUGUAUAGGCUUGUUGCAUCUAUGCCCACACAUACAUAGAGCCCCUUUUUAGUUUGGAUUAAUGUGUAAGUGAAUUUCACGUUAAGAAAUUACUUUUUUGCAACAGCAAAUAGUGAUUUUGAGUGUUUAGUUCAGAUCUUUUUUUUUAAAUGGAAACACAGAUUUCUUUUCCUAUUUGCCUUAAAAUAGUUUUAAAAACAUUUUGAACAUUAAUCAUCUAUGUUGUUAGACUCCUUCCCCCUUCUUGGAGGCUUUUUGCUUUUUAGACUUUGUGCUUAGCAAAGCAAUAAAAGAUGAGGGAGAGAAAAAAGGAAGCUCAUUUGCAUUUGUCUGUAAGUGUGAAACUGACAGAUUUAUUCCACUUUUCUUUGGUGUAAACUUCGUGGCGAAUUUCAGUUUGUGCUACUUCCUAUCUUCAUAAGUAGAUGGUUGUAAUGCUGUUAUGUUAAGGUGCAUAUAGAGUCGUUUGCCUUAUAGCUCAUCACAUACAUUAAACUAGGGUUGCCAUGUUUCAAAAAGUAAAAACCAGGACACCCUGAAAGAAGUUGUUGAGCUUUUUUCGAUUGACUUGCCUAAGAUCCAUGACAAAGCACCACCUUUCGGAAAUUCCCCCUGAUGUCUGCCUUUGGAAUCCCGGUAAUGUCCGGGAAACUCCGGACGUAUGGCUGCCCUAAUUGAACAGGACAGUGGCCUGAAGUUUAGAUAUAUUAUUCUUGAAUGCCUGUGCUGAAAUGAAAAAUAGGUUUUUCUGGAUGCAGAUAACUGCAGGGUACUGAGUUUACAAUAGGCUGAGAUUAUUUAAAUAAGGAACUACAGUGCAAUAAGGAAGUUGGUUUGUACCGUAAUACUUGAAAAACUUAUUACUGGAAUAUUUGAAUGGCAUUGUGGAAAGGUGUGAACCAUAGUUUCCUCUACUCCUAGUUGGGUUGUUUUUUUUUUAUAAAAAAGGUUUCUGUCUACUUCAGGCUUCCUCAAACUCAGCCCUCCAGCUGUUUUUGGCCUACAACUCCCAUGAUCCCUAGCUAGCAGGACCUGUGGUCAGGGAUGGUGGGAAUUGUAGUCUCAAAACAUCUGGAGGGCUGAGGUUGAGGAAGCCUGGUCUACUUGCCAUAUUUUAGGAUAUUCAGCGCAGUCCUUCUGUUCUGCCUUUGCAGAAAACUCAAAUGGUGGCUUGUGAAACAGGAAUUUAUGGGUGAAUAAAUGCAGUAGUUACAAACCGACAGAGCAAGCCUUCUAUUCACAUUACCAUGGGACUUAAGAUAUACUACUGCUGUUCAGUUAUUUCUAAAAGCUCUUUGAAAGCAAUAGAAGGAACUUAUUGGUGUUAGGCCUGGGGCUAGUGCAAAGUUGCGUCAUCUAUGCGGGUGUGGCUAUGGACUGAUGUAGUAUAGGAUGUGGAAUGUGCUCCUCCCCUGUUCUUCCCACAACACACCCACAUCUCCCCCCUCCCCCGGCUAUUCCACCAGCACAUCAAGGGUGUUCCGCCAGUGUGUCUGUCCUGGUGCAUUGCAUUUGGUAUUCCCCUGGACGAUCAAGGCUUCCGCUGAACCCCACAAGUUCUCAACCAGUAGAUCUGCAGCAUAGGAUUACACCCCUAAACUACACUUUUGCAGACCUUUCUUGGUUUUUCAGAGACAUCGCUUUGUGAAAAAGCCAAAGGCUGAUAUAUGAUAUUCGUGAUUUUUUUUGUGAUUCAUUCAUGGUUUACACAGUCCAUAUUUGAGCUUGCUCAAGGUGUAUUUACCUUUUAAAACAAAAACUUAGCUGGCUGGAUUUUUGCACGAGGCAGUGUAUGGGUAGCUUAAUCGUAGGAUAGGGGUCAAAUGAUAUAUUGCACGUUAUCUGUAUUUACUAUUUUCCCCUCAGCAGUGCAAAAAGGAGCUUACCUUGGUGGCAGGGCUGGGAGGGGUGUAGGGUGUGUUAGGUGAUAAAAACCACAUGGCGUAAGGAUUAAAGACACCCUCUCUCUCCCAAUCUAAUUCUCUCUUCUGUCUGCCUGUUGGCCUGCCUAAAAACAGGUGAGAAUAAAUUCACAGGAACAUAAAGAGCUACCCCAUACUGAGUCAGACCAUUGGUCUAUCUGGAUUAGUAAUGGAUGCAGGUGGCACUGUGGUCUAAAGCACUGAGCCUCUUGGGCUUGCCGAUCAGAAGGUUGGUGGUUCAAAUCCCCGUGACGGAGUGAGCUCCCAUUGCUCUGUCUCAGCUCCUGCCAAGCUAGCAGUUUGAAAGCACGCCAGUGCAAGUAGAUAAAUAGGUACAGCUGCAGCGGGAAGGUAAACGGCGUUUCCAUGCGCUCUGGUUUCCAUCACGGUGUUCCGUUGCACCAGAAGUGGUUUAGUCAUGCUGGCCACAUGACCCAGAAAGCUGUCUGUGGACAAACGCAGCCUCCCUUGGCCUGAAAGCAGAGAUGAGCACCACAACCCCAUGGUCGUCUUUGACUGGACAUAACCGUCCAGGGGUUCUUUACCUUUUUUUCACCUAGUAAUGAGCACGCUGGCUGGUAUCAGCUCUCCAGGGUUUCAGGUGUGGGACCUUCCCAGCCCUACCUGCAGAUGCCUGAGAUUGAUCCUUAGACCUUCAACAUACAAUGCAAAUGUCCUAAAGCUGAAUCUGCAGCAAAAGAUAGAAUUUGACCUUUAAAAGGGCCCCUGUCCAGUACGUAAUAUAGAUUUCAUUUUUAAAUUACCUUCCUAGCAGUAGUGUAGCAGAGCCUCCACUUCUUCCAUCAAGGUCAUCUCUUGAGGCGCCAUGUGCAAAUCCUCUGCAUGCAAAAUAAGUUUUUUCUCUCGCAUACAAAUCUACAAAACAAACUAAGCAGGGAAAGACGUACGUUAUAUUAUUGUGCAUGGCUAAGGGUUAAGCCGCCACCUUUUGGUUUAUUUUAAAAUCCAAAAUCCCUUAAUUACAGCCAGCCAAAAGGUCACAAAAUAGUGAGUGAGCGUUGGAGCCCACCAGAACUCCUCAUAAGGCUGAAUGUUGAAGUUGGUGUGUGAGCGAGUAAGAGAGACAUGGCAGCUUGAUAUUGAAUUGUCUGCAUUAGUCACAACUUCAUUUUUGCUCUUUAAACUUAGAAAGAAUGUAGCUGUGGGGGGCACGGCUAUGAGGACUGGUUCCUACGACCCCUGGGGUUGUUUGGAAGAUUCACAGAAGUUCCACAAUGCUAAACUCAAUAAUUGCUGACAUCCUUCUUUGAGAGACCGCUUGUUCCUCGGUUUUACCAAUGCGUAGCCCCAGGGAAUGGUCUGUGGAGAGUGAUGGUAGGACCAGGGCCCAGCCAACUUCCUGUGUCAAAUGAACAUGCCACAGAAUGCCCCGAUUUCCUCAGUAGAUAAAUAUAUGUAGGAAGGCCUGAUUUCCUGAGGGCAGGAUUUUAAUUAUUUUUUAAGUUCAUUUUAAAGCCUUUGAAUCACGUCUUCCUCUCUUCUACUUGAACUUUCCCUUGCAUGCUCUAAUAUAGUUUAUAUAAAAAACAUUUUGAGGCAGUGAAUUAGUUGUUAUAUUUAAUUGUGUCUUUUUCACCCUGGUUGAAUGCAAUGAAAGAUAGAUAUGCAGGUUUUAUAUUAUUUGUCUUCCUCUACAAUUCUGUAGCUGAAGUUAGGAUACUUAAAAUACAGUCACCAAAAAUGUGUUGGCAUGUUUAUGGGUUUUUCAACAUUCUUCAAGCCCACAGCCUUAAUGAAGUUGAACCAUAUGCAUAAAGUCACAGAAUGAGAGACUUUAAGGCCUUCUGGGCUCAUGGUGGACCAGGCAGAUUACUGACUUUCCACAUGCAAAUUUGAAUCAGAUUGUUGGAGAAGAAGUUUGGAUAAAAGGGCAAAGGUUUAUCCUUAUGGUUCUUCACCAAAUGUUGUUUUCUUCUUGAAAAUUUUAAGUGAAUAGCUUCAAUAGAGAGGGAAAACAGCAAAGUAGUCCAAAGAUGCAGUAAUUCUAGAGCCUCUAAGGGCCUGGGAUGUGGGUGGUAUUUACAGGAUCAGAGCCAAACUAAGUGUGAGUAGAAGCAAGUCAAGGAGAGAGAUUUGGGAACCAGGAGAAUAUCCUACCAGCAGCAAGCACAGGGAUAGGUUGAUCAGAAUAUUUAGAAGCAGUAUCAUCACCAUUCCAUCUAUUUCUGUUUUUUCUAUGUCUUUAUAAAUUCUUGUUUUUAUCUGUAAGCUGCCUUGAAUCCCAUCAGGGAAAAAGUUGGGGGUAUAAAUAAAUAUGUAAUAAUAAUUUUGUUAUUAAGGCAUGAGUGUUGAUGCAGACCAAGAGGGGCAUUUCAUCUGGUUAGGGGAAGGUUGAAUCUCCAAAACUGCCCAAUAACCACUGAGCAAUAGCCUUGGAAUGCUGACUGACUGGGGCAAAACCAGAAAAACUGGUAGGGGGAAUGGACUAGAGAAUCCUGCAGGGGGUCAUGAUGGACUGAGCGCAAUACUGAAAAGAAACACUUCACAUUGGUUAAGGUUCUGUUGUAGGUCCUGCUUGCCCUUCUGACUGCCAGGUGAUAAUGGCAAAUAGGAAUAUAGGAAGCAUAUAGGAACAUAUACUGAGUUAGACCAAAUAUGUCCAUGGAGGUGCAGGUCAAUUCUGUGUCCAGGGCAGCUGUCUACCAGCUCCAUCUGGUACGCAGGCUGAGACCUUACCUGCCUGCAGACUGUCUUACCAUAGUGGUUAUCUCCCGCUUGGACUACUGCAAUGCGCUCUACGUGGGGCUACCUUUGAAGGUGACUCGGAAACUACAACUAAUCCAGAAUGCAGCAGCUAGACUGGUAACUGGAAGUGGCCACCAAUACCUAAUGGAUCCUCAGUGGCUUCCAGUACGUUUCCGAGCACAAUUCAAAGUGCUGGUGCUGACCUUUAAAGCCCUAAAUGGCCUUGGCCAAGUAUGCCUGAAGGAGUGUCUACACCCCCAUUGUUCAGCCUGGACAUUGAGGUCCUCCUCUGAAGGUCUUCUGCUGGUUCCCUCAUUGCGAGAAGUGAAGUUACAGGAAACCAGGCAGAGGGCCUUCUUGGUAGUGGCACCUUCCCUGUGGAACACCCUCCCCUCAGAUGUCAAGGAAAUAAAGAAUUAUACAACUUUUAGAAGACAUCUAAAGGCAGCCUUGAAUUGGGAGGUUUUUUAAUGUUCGAUGUUUUUAUUAUGUUUUUAGAUAUGCUGUAAGUCACCCAGAGUGGCUGGGGAAACCCAGACAGAUGUGCAGGGUAUAAAUAAUAAUAAUAAUCCCUAUUCAAAGCCACUUGCCCCAUUUUCUUCUGCCAGCAAAGUAUUGUAGCUCUCCCCCCCCCCAAGUGUAUUUAAAGCAAUGGCCAUUUAUCAUUCUGACUGAGGCUGACCAGAGCUGUAAUCUACCAAUAUAUGGAGGGCCACAGCACUCCCAACCCUGAAUUAGAAGAAUGAUAACAAAGAAUUCUGUAUCGCCAUGUCCCUUAGCUGCCCUACAUAAUAAGCCCCUGUCCUUGCCAAAGGAAAAUUGUAUCCUUGGCUACUGCUGCUUUUUCCAUUCAUUUCUUCUACGUGAAACAAUUAGUUUGGACCAAUGCCUGAUAUUACUAAAUACAUGUUAAACCACAAUGAGCUACAAUAUCAUUCAGUUUAGACUUAUAGCAUUGUGGUAGAUAUUUUCCUGUACGAGUUGAAAAUUUACAGUUUUUGUGGUCUGGUCUGAGUCAUUGUCCUGCAUAGUCUUUCUAAAAUGAUUCCUGUUACAGGAAUGUGAGUCAGUUCCCCACUCCCUGCACAAGGGCUAAUUGUCAUCGCCUCCUCCAUAUAUCCAGCAGAGAACUAUCGGGAGUACAUCAGAGCUGACUGACUCAGUGUUAGACAGAGAAGGGAAGGGGGAACUUGUUGAUUUGUGUUCCUCCUCAACACACAGUGCAAUCUUGUUCAUGCCGACUUGGAAGUCAGCCCCACUAUGUUCAAUGGGUUUACUCUCUGAGACUCGUGUUAGCCUUAAUUCAACAUGAUCCAUUAAAGGUUCAGAGAUUAUGAACACUGUAAUGAAGGGAUGGGGAACCUGUGCCCCUCCAGUUGUUGCUGGACUCAGAUUCCCAGCUGCUUCAGCCAGUGUGGCUAGUGCUCAGGGAGGUGGGAGUUAUAGUUCAACAAUUCCUGAAAGUAAAGCAGUUACUGGAUCACUCGGCCAAAGCCAUAAAAAAACUGCCUUAUAUCAACUCAGACCAUUGGUCUAUCUAUCUCAGUGUUGUCUCUACGCUGAUUGACAGCAGCUCUCUAGGGUUUGGGGCCAGGAGUCUCUCCCAGCCUAUCUGAGAUGUCAGAGGCUGAACCCGAGGCCUUUUGCCUGCAAGGCAGAUGCUCUGUUGCUGAGCUAUUGUCCUCCUACAACACCCUGCUUCACCAUUGUUUGUGGUGAAUGAGGUUAAAUCAAGGUGUGUCUUAAACAGCGGCUUCACCACAGACACAGCAGAAUCUACACGAACAGAAAAUAUCUGUUUUGAAAGGUGGGGGGGGGAGCUGGCAAUAUAGUUAGGCCAAAACAACUUUAUUGGGAGGCAGGUUUAUUAUGUACACAAGCACAAAACAUUCUGUAUAGAUUAGAUACCAUGGCCAGCAACCAAAUAAAUCAAAUCAACCCUCUUGCAUUUAAAAAUAUAUAUAUUAUUUUAAUAUAUUGUGAUUGCUGUUUUAUAUAUCUUCCACUAAGUAAGCACGUUUUUGUUUAUUUCCAGAUGAAAAAAAGAAAACAAAGAAAAUUGAUAGUGAACUCAACCCUGUUUGGAAUGAGGUGACUUUUUUUUUUAAAUUGGUUCUGUUGUAUGUGAUAAGGCAUAGCAUGUGUGACAAAGUUCAGCCCUAUUCUCUGUUGCAUGACAUUAUGGAACAAGAAAUCACAUGUCACAACCGACUGGUCCUGUGAUUCUCUGUAUCCAGAAACAAAACCUCCACAGUUCCUGCUAAGGGGAGAUGUGCAAUAUCUGGUACACAGUUUCCCUAUUUCACUUUAGUGGGAGAAGUCCUUGUGCAGGUGGAAUAACUUUAUUGGAUGCAACUCUAUGCUGAAGUAACUCCCACUGAAUUCAAUAGUGCUUUUUGCCACAUAUGAGGACUUAGACCUGCAGCCUGAUUUAUUCUAUCUAUGUCUUGUUUCAUGGGAUUCCAAGUGAGCUUCCAUCAUAGAUCAAGGUCGCAACUGCUUAGCUUCAUUAAUGUUGGAGCAUUUGGUGUUCCCAGAUCAUCCACUGCAAUGUCUGCACCUCUAAAGACCUACACAAAGACCUCCCAGUACGUUUUUGAGCACAGUUCAAAGUGUUGGUGCUGACCUUUAAAGCCCUAAACGGCCUUGGCCCAGUAUACCUGAAGGAGCAUCUCCACCCCCAUCGUUCGGCCAGGACACUGAGGUCCAGCUCUGAGGGCCUUCUGGUGGUUCCCUCCCUGUGAGAAGCCAUGUUACAGGGAACCAGGCAGAGGGCCUUCUCGGUAGUGGCGCCUGCCCUGUGGAAUGCCCUCCCAACAGAUGUCAAGGAAAUAAACAACUAUCUGACUUUUAGAAUAAUCUGAAGGCAGCCCUGUUUAGGGAAGUUUUUAAUGUUUGACACUUUAUUGUGCUGUAAAUUUUCUGUUGGGAACAGCCCAGAGUGGUAUAAAUAACAUUAUUAUUAUUAUUAUUAUUAUUAUUAUUAUUAUUAUUAUCUUAAACCUAGUUUAAUAUCUUGAUUUAUGCCUGCUGAACCCAAAAUUACACAUAUUGUAAUGACAUAAAUGAACCUUAAGACCUUGCUCAAAAUUAGAUUUCAAGGUGCCAGCAGAGGAUUAUUUUAAGUCUUUUCCAGACUUUUUGGUUGCUUUUCUUUCUUUUUUUAAAGUAACAACAUAUUUCAGAUGCAGGGCAGGGCAACACAAGCUUGUGUGUAUUCCUCUGCAGCUGAUUCUUGUCACCUUCCUGUCACCUUCCACUUUAUAAAUGUUAGAAAGAUUGCAAAACUCCAGCAUAUUGGGACAGUUUAGCAAAGGUCAGUUAGACUCAGAACUAAUAAUAGAUAAAUCAGUGGGGCUUUCUUAGUCAUGCUGUACUUUUAGCCCAAUCUUGUGCAUGUCACUGUGCAUCCCUUUCAAAGGGACAUAGUCAUGACUAACCUUUGGUAGAUUAUCCCAGUGUGCACAUGGAUGUACAUUUGUACACCCCCCUGAAUAUAUAGCAGUUACACAUUUGAUAUUGUCUGAACUGGCCUGGAGUUCUACGGGCAUUUUGAACCUAGAGAACUACAUGCAAAUAUAGUCUGCACUUAUCUAUUUAAUUGUGUUACUGAUGAAAAAUAUUGAUUCCUUAAAUCUUUUUUUAUUGCCUGUUCUUUGCAUGGUUAUGUUGUUGUUUCAACUUCUAAGGGUUAUUCUAAUUUUUUUGCGCAGAUUCUUGAGUUUGAUUUGAAAGGAAUCGCUCUGGAUAUUUCAUCAGUCCUGCAGAUUAUUGUGAAAGAUUUCGAAACUAUAGGGCAAAACAAGUAUGUUGACUUUUUGAAAUUUUGAAGGGGAGGGAUAUAUUUCUUUUUCAGUGCAAUUUGCUUCGUGCAAAAGGUGUCUUUUAAAAACUAAUUGCUCUAAUUUUGCAGCAUAUCUGUAUGGUUGGAUUUGCUAAAUAUAAAGGACUUCAGACAUCUUACUGGGUCAUUUACUGUUGGCUCUUCUGACUUGUACUUCAGCUAACCUUUCAGCCGUAUUUCUGAACUAUGGGAAGACAAGAUCUCUGUAAACAUAACGUUUUCUUAUUCAGCAUCCCGACAAUACGUUGGGUGUUGCACCCAAUGUAACAGUGAUGGAGCCCACACUAGAGGGCUUACAAUAUAAUGUCGCAAGGCAACAGUGAUGCUGAGAUGUGGCCUCAAGAAAGUAUAGGAAGGAUGGGUGCGUUCAGGAGAGAGUUAAUCUGUAACUGAGAAGUGCCCAGGAAAUGAGGCUUGUUCAGGAAAGAUUUUGAAGAAGUCAGUUUUGAAGUUGUGGGUGGAGUAGCUGUUCUAAUUAUAACACUUUACAAAAGGCAUGGAGCUUGUCAAUGUGUGGCAAGAGGGGUUGGUUAGCCCACUGGUUACUGCCCAUUGAAAAGAUCUGGAAGAGGGAUGAGAAACUGCAAUGAGUAGCUUUCUUCAAUAUGUUUUGGGUCAGGACUGCAGCUGUGCCCACGGUAUCCAAUCAGAGUAGCCCAGGCCAUACAUCUUAUGGAUAUACUUCAGUGGGAUGUUAAACAACCAAAUUGUAUGGAGGACUACAGCUACCUUUGCAAAGUGUGUUUCCCUAUAUUUUCCCAUUGUUGUGGAGAUAUGCAUGGAGAUGAUGCUGGAGGCGUCACAGAUGUGUUUAUGCUUGUGAUUUUUAUCUCUGAAUGCCAGCGUAGGUGUGUGAGACAGUUGGAUCUAGUCCUUAUGGACACACCCUUUCAUUUCAGGAUGUCAGAAAGGGAAAGCAAAGUUCUUUUAGAACUUUUACAUAUUGUACAGUUUGCUUUCUGAUUCAUGGGUAAAAAUAUUGUUCCUAGGAAAUGAUUUAAAGUUCACCAAGCAAUGUUUAUUUAAAAACCCCACUUCCUGCAAACAAUUCUUUCUUUCACUCACUUUGCAACACAUUUUAAGCAAAUUGCAUAUACUUUUGCUGCUAGGGAACCAAAUCACAAAAUUUCUACUUUCUGAAGAAAAAGGCAAUUCCCAGUUACUUAGAGCUUUUAAUAUCUGGUAACAGACACACAGAUUGAGAUAAUAAUGAUAUGUUUACAGUGUAAUUCCUCACAUGUCUAUUUAGAAGUAAGAACCACUGAAUUCAAAGGGGUUACUCUCAGGUAAGUCUAUGAGAUUUUAACCUUAGGCUCCAAUCAUAAACACACUAAUUAGGGAGUAGGCCUCAUGGACCACAGAAGGAUUUAUUACUGAGUACACUUGCAUAGAAAUGUGUUGUUAGCCUGAGAGGUAGAAUGAGAUGAAAUUAAUCCUGCAUUCAGUUCUGAAUAUACAAUAUUCAUGGGACACUGAAAAACCAACCAGGGCAAUAAAGCUCUAGAGCUUCUCAUUUACCUGGUUAACUCGGGCCAAUCCAAGGUGUUCUGCUGUCUGCAGUGAAGGACAUGGUGAGAUCCCCAAGACCAUUCAGUCGAAUCUUACUUCAACCGGGCUGGCUUCCACUAUCCACAGGAUAGCUGCCCAGGUUUGCCUAAUGAUAGGGCCAAUCCCAAUUAUGUGUACUAAGAAAGUACACCGUAGUUCAAAUCUCAUGGAAUUCUUGGGGUAUGUGUUUUCUGGUGAGAGAAACUCAGGCGCAGGCCUCCUGACUAUAAUAGAAUGCUCAUGAGAUCACAAAAAUAGGAUAGAUCCUUAUCUGUACUCUAGAACAGGUUCAGUCAAGCAUCCGUCCUCGGAUUUCAGGUGAUUCUUUCCCCCUUCUAAACCAGAUAUAUCCAUUUCUAGAUGAAGGGCAUGUUUGCAGCUACCCACUUGUUCUGUUUGUGUUUCACAUGAUGAUCCAGUGCUGAUCAUUACAAAUAUUGGUUCUCUUAUUUAUGAGUAGGGAGUUGGCUUCCAGCUUGUCAUGCUAAGUAAAACUAAUGAGCAAACAAAGAAAACUUCUUGGGAAUAAGUAGCUUCUCCCUGCCCACUUAGGCCUCUCACACAACACUUUUCUCUCUCUCUUCUUGUAGUAGUAAACCUCUUUUAAAAAAGAAGAAUGUGUUGUGCCCUGCAUUAAAUUGACUUGCUAGAAGUGCUACACUGAGGUGGAGAACUUCAGGCCCAGACUUCUCUACCUGGCCCUCAUAAAUCUCCUCAGGCAACUCCUCUCACUAGCCCUGCUUCGUGCCCUGAAUUUUUUCACCUCACCCGCUUUUGCCUCAGGGCCCUGCAUACUACUAGCGUUUGGCCCUUUUUAGGCCAUUCAGAAGGGAAUGUGGCCCUCGGGCUCUGAAAAAAUUCCCCACACCUGUGCUACAUGAAUGUUGAGAUUGGGGGAACAUCUUUUCCUCAUGGUCUGUCAUAGUUCUUGUUUUACUUGCUCUCUCUGAGCAAAAUCUACCAAGAUGUCCUCAUUCCGGUGGGGCUGGUGCAGAAAAACGUCCUGGUGAAGUUCAAACUGCAUUUGUGCCAAAGCAACACAAAUCGAGGAAAUUCCUUGCAGAGAAACCCAGGGUGGAAGGAGUGUUCGUGGGGGUUUUUUUUGAAGUCUUUACUGAGUUUGCUCUUUGGAGAAUAAGCCUGGUAAAUGUUUCCUUGCAGUUGUGUACUGCCAGCAAACUACUCAUCGCUGUGGCAUGUUUGUCCCAGUAUUUAAAGCCAACACAGCCACUUCAUAUUCCCGCCCCCCCCCGCCCCCUUUUCCUGGAAGCUGAAACCUGCUUUGACUUGCAGAAACUUUUAUCGUACCUUCAGAUCAGAGCAGGCUUAAUGUGCAGGUGCUGUAACAGAAGCUUUACCUCACUGGAAAAGUAAUUUUAAAAGCCCUGACUGAAAAAUGCUAACAUGCAUGAUACAAAAGUUGCUGAAGGUCCAGCUUACGUAACGAUUUGCACAGCUAAGUUUUCCCUUUUAAGGAAGAUGGGAAAGAGGAUGGAGGGGGGGACACACAUCUGCUUUCUGUUAUGUUAGCUUCCACUUUGAAGUCUGUCAUUUAACUAAAGCAGCUUCUUAUUCUUUUAUUUUACAUGUAAAAAAGAAAUACAAAAGAAGUGUAACACAGGGGGGAAAUUUUCUGCUACUGCAUAGUAUAGAAUAGAAGUUCAUGCUACAGAAAGCAAGUUGCACCAAAAAUAUGUGUCACGUGGUUUUAUUCCAUAAGUGGGAGGAGAAAUGAACAGUCGUACAUAUUUUUCCAAACACUGAAUGGUUGGUAGCCUAGCAACAGAAGAGAAAAGUGGUAGGUCAGACUUUUACUCAAGAAAACAGUCAUUUCUUCACAGUGAGGAAUAUAAAUUUACAGCUAACUUCUCCAGCUCUGGUCCUCUGCAUGUUUAGUCCAAACGAAGUCCAACAUUUAAUAGGAUUGAUUCCCAGGAAACUGCCCAUAAGCUUGUAGUCUUAGAUUUGUAAAUGAAACUAUUCAAAUAAUUUACUUGAAUUUUCACCUGUGUUGAAAGUAGUAGAGAUUCUGUGCUGUCUGCAAUCCUAUGAGAAAUUUUGUUAGGAUAUAUCCUGACCCAUUUAAUGUUGAAGGAGGUAGAGGAAAAAGUUGCCACUCAACAACCUUAGGCAAUAGGAGUUUAUGCAUCUUGGUUUAGGGAUGCCCCCAGUUUAGAUUUUAUCUGCUUUAAAUAAAGGAAAUCCUGUGUGAAUUGGCAAGGGGGGUCUCAUAAAAUGAACAUUGCAAAUGCCACUUACAAGCAGCACUUUGUGCUGAGGUUCACCCCCACUUCUUCAAUUUGCUUUGACAUAAUUGUUCUAUUGUUAUCCCUAACAAUUGUUCGAUAAUGCAACUAUUUUGGUAGACCAAACCAACCAACCAACCAACAAACAAACUAAACAAUAACCCAGUCUGGAGAUAAAUCAGUCCUGGCCAUGCAUCUUGUGGGAUCAUCCACAUAACCUCGCCUAGUGAAUGAAGUCACAGGGCAAAAGGAAAACAAACUGAUUGGCAGGAAGGAAAAUUGGUUAGAAGUUACUUGGCACGAAGGUUGCUUAAGUCCCAUUAGUGUCCAACAAAAUCAGUGGCAGCAAAGGGACAGAUUGCAAUGCAUGUAAUGUAAAAUUCAGAAUAUGAUCUGUAGGGACAAUAGUACUCAACAAGGGAGGAGUUUGUUAUUAUCUGUGAUGCCUAGAGAGAAGGAUUAUGCAUGUUAGAUAAGAGCAUUAAAGUAAUCAAUCCUUCAGUCAUGAAAGCAAUUUCCCUAAAGACAGCUGUUGAGACUUGGGCUGUGUACAGCACCAUACAUUUAAAGCACAUAUGCCAAAGGAAUGCUGGGAAGUCCAGUUUGUUAAGGGCACGGGAAAUUAUUGUUCUUAGAAGGGUGAACUACAGUUUCAGAAAUUCCGGGAGGCGGGGAGAGUCACAUGCUUUAAAUGUGUGGUGUGCAUGCAGCCUAAUGGACACAGAUACAACUUUGGAAUGGGAAAUGUUGUUGAAAUGAAUAUUCUAAACACAGCUGCUCUUGGAGCCCUAAAGUGUGUGGUGGAAAAAUGGGGAUGGCUAUAGUUAUCUAGGAAGGCUCCUUUGUAUGAGCUUUCUUUCUUUCUUUCUUUCUUUCUUUCUUUCUUUCUUUCUUUCUUUUAAAAUACAGCCUUUAAGAAACACAAUGUCCUUAGCUCUAAAUUAACACUAUAGAAUAGAAUGUGCAAGUGAGCUUCUGUUCUGCAAUUAGUGGCAAUUUAUAGAUAAGCCCACACAAAUGUAUAAUGCAAAACAAGUCAGCUGAAUCCAGGGAGAACCCAAAACUCUUGCAAACUUUUUUCACAGCCUUGUGUACAGUAGUGUGAGAAGAGCUGGCAGGAAUGUGCAUGUUCAAGGAGCUUCAAACAGACUUGUCCAAAAAUGGAAACUGUGGCUCCUACCCUGAAAAAGAGGAAGUGAGAUGCACAACAGGCUUCCGAAGCAUACAGAAAUAGAUGGAAACCCAGAAUAGAAUUUCUCUCCCCAAGGCAACCAUCCUGGUGAAGCCCUCACCCCCACUUAGGACCAGCUGAGAUGCCCACUUUACUACACAAAGGAGGAGAAGCUGGAAGGGUAAAACUGGUCGCCAUGCAACCUGGAAUCUGCCUUUUCCACACACACCUCUCUGAUGGUCCUUGUGCUUGCAUUGUUGGAGAAAUUGGCCAGUCUGAAGUCUCUGCUUUGUCACUUCUUCCUUCAUGUGCCUCAGCAAGAGGAUGAUGUGGAGAUCGAGAGCUGUGGGCCUGUAAUUCUUCUUGUACAAAUGCAGUGGUACAAAUGCAGCUUGAAGUGAUCCACCUUCCCUUCCCCCCCCCCCCCGCCCAAAUUAAAAGCAGUUACCUAUGUCACUUCUGUGUCUGAGAAUACAAGCAGGCUUCUGUAAGGAAAUGUCUUUAAACAAAGAUAAUGGAAAUGAAGCUGUCUCAUCUUGUUGACAGUGUGAGCAGCCACACCCUUGUACCUUAUGACAGCCGUGUAAGAACAGAUUUACAGUCAGGAUGGUUUUGAAAUUUUCCAACUUUCGAUACCAUUUCCUCAUAGUGUGAGGGACUGUCUAACCAAAUUACACUUAAGAAAUGAAUUGAAUGCCGCCUCCAUUUUCAGUGACGUUUAAAAUUAUGGGGACAACAGUUUCAGCAAUAUAUGAAGUGCCAUCUUAAUUUGCAACUGUUCAUGCAUUAGGGUUACAGCUCCAUAUGAAUCCUGGUUUAUUAUUUAUUUGUUUAUUGCUAUAGCACCAUCAUUGGGUGUGGAGCUUUGCACAGUACAGUGGUAUCUCGGGUUACAUACGCUUCAGGUUACAGACUCCGCUAACCCAGAAAUAGUACCUCGGGUUAAGAACUUUGCUUCAGGAUGAGAACAGAAAUUGUGCAGCGGCAGCGCAGCGGCAGCAGGAGGCCCCAUUAGCUAAAGUGGUGCUUUAGGUUAAGAACAGUUUCAGGUUAAGAACGGACCUCUGGAACGAAUUAAGUACUUAACCCGAGGUACCACUGUACAAGAGGACAGGCCCCUGUCUCCAAGGAGCUUACAAUAUUAUAAUUCACCACAGGGAGAAAAGAGGGUAAGGGGAGGAGUAGUCUAGGAAAGAAUAGGUAUUGCCAGAUUUACUCGAAUCUAAUGCGCACCUUAAUUUUCACAACAUAAUUCGGCCAAAAAAGUGAGCAUUAGAUUCGAGUAAAUACAGUGUUUCAAUUACAUGUACAUAAGUCACGCUUGCUGUAACAAACAUUAAGUGGAAAUUGUUGGGCAACAUCCAGCUGUGACAGUCCAGUUGUGCAAAUGAGACUUAGCCUUCCUCCCCUCUUCCAUGCAACCCCCUGUGCUGCUCCAAAAUCCGAAGCAUUGGGGGACCCUUUAGAACAGAUUAGGAGGGUACAGGGGCUACAAGAGGUGGAGGAUGAGGAGGAGAGAGGAACUAGGUCUAAUCUGCUGCCAUGAUGUUGGAGCACGGUCACUGUAUUUCCCCCCCUAGCUAAAAUAAUGUAGUAUUUGCACAUGGGGUAGGUAGGAUUUUCAUGUGGGGACUUACUCUUGCACAGUGAAAAUACCAUCAAACAGAAAAUAUAUUAUGUCAGCUUUGAGAGCUGAUAACUGUUCUGGAGGUUGGGGACCCAGACCAAGAUAGGAAUGCCAUUCCCCUCUCUUUCCAACACCUGGACAGGUGUUACUAAAAGGUGAUCAGUGCUGAGGACCUUGGAAGCAAAAGAAUAAUUCUUUUGUACAGAUAAAAGCUGCUAAACUCGGCCCAAUAUCUCUCAGCACCUUGUUAACAUCUCAUAUGCAUUUGAAUACAAAACUAGAAACUUAACAAAUUGUGAUUAUUUGGUUUUUUAAAAAUAAUAUUUUUAUUAGUUUUCAAUUGCAACAAUCCAAUAAAAGCCUCAUUAUAACAAUGCCAAAUAAUAAUACAGUUAAUAAUACCAAUCAUUGAGAUGCCAAAUUAUGCAAUUUAAGUUACUCCCCGCGUGCUAGAAUUGAUGGUUUGAUUAUUUACUUUAUUUCUACAUUCUUAUAAAUUUAUAAAUCUUAUAAAUUCCAAUUAUGCUCCUGUCAAAAUAACAAUCCCUUAUAUCGCAACUGGAGUUUUAACAACUUCCCUUCGUAUUGACACAUUAAAUGAUUUAUACAGCUACAGGUAAAGCAUUCAAACUCUCUCCUUGUUAUUCCUGUAUGUGGCAAUUAUUCUGUCCAUCAUGUUUCUUCCUGUCCUUGUGAUAUAUUAUGUCUAUCGUAAAUUGUGAUUAUUUGUUAAUGCAAUAAAUUGUACCAUAUUCAUUUACAACACCUAAACUUUUAGAACUGACUUGAGCCCUCCUGCCAAAAAUGCCGGUUAAGAAAUGGCAACUGAUCAAAGAAAGGUUUUCUGUCCUUUUUGUAAGACUCUAAUCAUAUCCCUGGGCAACGUCCUUCCCUCUUGCCUUCCAGGUUAAUUGGCACAGCAACUGUAUCCCUCAAAGAACUAGUAGGCACACAAAGCAGAUCGCUUCCAUUCAAGCUCGUUUCACUGCUGAAUGAAAAGGGACUGGAAACCGGCGUGAGUGACCUCCUUACUUUUCGUAGUUGCAUGUUUUACAGUAUAAUCUAUUCCAACAGCAUAGGAAACAUUUUGGCAACAUAUAUUUCAUGGAAGCUGCAUUGAUCAAUUUAAAAAUUGCUAUAGAGAGGGAAAGUGUAUUUGGAGGCAGGUGUUAAGGUGGGUAAGGAAAGUGCCAUUUUGCACAGUUUUUUGGGCAUUGGGUGCAAUUUUAUUUCCUAUCCAUUAGGCACAUUUGUUUCUGCAAUCAAACAAGAGUUUGGGUUAUGUUUCUUUUGAAGCACAAUAAAAUCUGAAAAGUGUUAUUGUGACAUGAAAUUAGGGGCUGGCAGCCUAAUAGGCUUUUGCCGAUUCCUCUGCAUGAACCUAAGUAGCUCUUUCGAUCCUAUAUGUUUGUGAUUUUUCUUUUCCUUUAAUUUAGGCAACAAUUGAUUUGGUGGUGGGGUAUGAGCCACCAGCUGGACCUCCGAAUCCAAAUGACCCAGGGGGAACAGAUGCACAAGGCACUGAAGGUAUUUCAGCUCCCCCCACCCCCCGAAGCCUUCCUCCUUUUCCGUUCCCUACAGGAAUGUUGUUGUUUUUUAAGGUCACUAGAUUUUUAGAGAGAGUUUCUAGCCAGACUGUUUCCUUUUUUAAAAAAAUGUAUUUUUAUUGAGGUUGAAAGGGACUUUACAAUACAUCAUAAAGCUGGGAAGGGGGGAAAUUAAGAUAAAAACAACUGGUUGUAAAAGCCAUUCCUCACCUUUAUAUAUUAUGGAAUUAUUUUUUUUAAGAGCAGAGGUAAGGAUCCUGUCAGGGAACUGCGAUCGGCUCAGGGGCGAGAGGGGAAAAGCCGGAUGGAUUACAGAGAGCCCCCAAAGAUUGUGGGAAGCAGCACCUCCUCAGCGGAGGAGAGUAACCACAUCUCGAGUGGAGAGGAGCUUCAGGGCUCGGAGGAGGCGAGGCGGUGCCAGGACACCUUGCCUGGGCAAAGCGGGGAGGAGAGAGGUCCUCCAUUACCCACGCCCUCCCUGCGCAGUAGGCUUCCGCACCGAGAGGGGAGGGUCAAGAAACUACUCUGCUGGGGAAGGUUUAAGGACCGCCCACUCACAGAUUCUGCCAGUGAAUGAGCCAGCCAUGGGAGAGUGGUGCUCUGCACAGAGAAAGUUUAUUUUGGCAUCAAAAGCAAGGCUUCACAGCCGAGCAGGGAGGCAUUUGCCUACUUGCUCUCGAGCAACCCCUUGGUACCCUAACAGAUCCCAUAAGAUUAAGAAAUAACUCCUACAUAUUCUAAAUACCAACAGAGUUCAAUAGUCAGCUAAGAACAUUAGGUAAAUAAUCUCCUUCUUACAAGCACACAGCAAGACAACAAGCCUCCAGAAGGAAAACCAAGCAGCCAGGGGAUGAGGUUCUUAUGGAGAAUUGAUAUAACUUGGGCUCACAGAUUACCUGUCCUCUUCCUUCUCCUUCCCUGGGGCAGAUCCUUCUGCUUUUAAACUGACCAGGGAUUCCCAUCUCAUCUGAACUCUGCAGGACAUGCCAUGGCCAUAAACCACAGUUCAGACCCUUUCCAACAACCCUGUUUAUUGAGCAUUCAGGAUGAUUUGCUUGCACAAAGCUUACACAGAAGUUAGGGCUCUUCCAGACUUACCUUUGCUCUGUAUUUCUAGGCACAGGCCUGGGUGAACUAACCGUAAUUCGGAGUAACCAAGAUGUGUGCACAUUAUUGUUUACUCUGGAUCCACUGUGCUCCCAGCACUGGCUCUCAAAUCGGUGUACACAGGCGUUACCCAUGAUGCAGAGUCAUCCUGCGGUUUCUUGAGAAAUACUGCUGUCUGAAGCAUUUGCCCUCAAGCCAGAGCUUCAACCUGAUGUGCAUCAGGUGGAGACAUCUGCCCGCCCUCUCUGGUGUGUUCAGCAACAUGCAAAUGUGGCUUGAAGCACAGCAGGGAGGGAAAGACCUUGUUGCACUUUAAGCCAGUUAUGUGUACGUAGCCUAAAUAUAACUGGAACUCUGGUUAGUGGAAGUAUAACCUACCUCCUUGUGGCUGUGCCAUAAGAUGGGCUGGUAAAGGUGUAAGAGGCCAUAAAGUUAACAUUGCAUCCAAAUGGGGCCGAUAGAACACAAAUAAAACAGCCUAUCUAUUCUAUGAUAGUCCUUCAGAGCCAAACGAGACAGGUUAUGAUAGGUGCAGGCACUUUUUUUUUUUAGUUGGGCUCCACCCAGCCACCGGCACAUUUUCUUAGCUCAACCCAGCUCAGCUGGCUGAGGAGAAAAUUGCUUGCGGGGAUGGACUGUGGGAGGUGAGCUACCUGGGACACUUGCAAACCAAUUUUUAUCCUUUCCAAUUACUUUCUCUGGUAUUUUAGAGGAGUUCAGCUUCCCCCCAUUUUCUUUCUUCCUUCGAAGUGAUGCUUUUUUUCUGGAAGCAAAUGUUUCCCCCCCGAAAAGUUGCCCGUAAUUGUACCUCAAGUUAAGUUUCAAAGGUCCAUAUUGUAAAUCCCCAGCAUCAGGGCUGGCCCACCCAUGAGGCAAGGUGACAAAUCCAGCUUCCAAGGAACACCUUGCCUGAUGUUGUGAUGCCAGCUGCGACUGCCACAUGCUCCGUGGAACUACCACCUCCUUGACAGCCUCCCCAUGCUGCCUCCACAGCGGCCUCUUGGCAAAUAGGAGGCACUGCUGGUCUGUUCCCACCCCUAGGAAGGAAAUGGCAGAGUCUGCCCUCUGGGGUUUCUUAGGCUCUGCAUCCAACCAGCAUGAUUCAGAGUGGGCCUCUUUCCCCCUAUGAUGACCUUUAAUUCAUAGUUCAACCGUUGGGUAAGGUUUAUUAUAUUCCCUCCCUUGCUCCCUAUGUAGAACUUUGCUCACCCUCUUGUACCCUGGAAGGAGGGGUCACUCCUUAAAUAGCUCAGGCAGUAGAGCAUGAGACUCUUAAUCUCAGGUUUGUGGGUUCAAGUCCCACAUUGGGCAAAACAUUCCUGCAUUCCAGGGGAUUGGACUAGAUGACUCUCAGGGUCCUUUUCAACUCUACAGUUCUGUUUCUAACCAUUUUGUGGCUUGCCUCAGGUGCCAAAAUGCCUUGAGCUGGCCCCAUCCCAAAUUCUAUGUUAACUCUUCUAAUUCAGAGUUAUGACACACUCCACUUCACUAAACGUUCAAAGUGUCACCUUGCUUACCUCUAUAAAUCAAACUCAUGCCUGAAGCUCUCUGUUUCAGUAGUUACUGCCGAAGAUAGUCACUGUUAUGAUUUAAAGCCUCUCCCAAAUGUUAGCUUUUUAUGUCUUGAAAACCAAUUUGUUAGUUUACAGAAAGCCUCUUGUAUUGUCAUAGGUUGUAUGGCCUUGACUCCCAGGUGAGAAAGAAGGAUCCUGCUAGUUAAAAAUAUAUACUUAGAGGCCAGGGUGUAACCUUUCCCCAAGCUACAGAAACUUGUUCUUCCAGUUUUCAUCAAGUAGCGUCACCUUUAAACUUUAAAUUGUAUUGUGGAAAGUGAAUCUGCUAGGCUCUUGUGUUUUCCCCAGGAACGGAACAUGCUGGAAGGUAGGAACUGGCCUAAACAAGAGAAAUGUUUCAUUAACUUCUCUUAAAUCAGAAAAGCACUCAUGCAAAAUGUGCUUUGUGACACAGAAGGAGGUAUUGCUUUCAGAUGUCUGCUUGAAAAUAAGAGUUUACUUUUGCAAGGUAUUUUUGCAAAACAACAUGCAACCCCUCAUCUAUACUUUGAAGUGGUACAGCCUACAGAUAAUUUAAUCACACAAUUAACUAUUGUUAUUAUUAUUAGGAAGUUCUGAGGCAGCUGUUUGUAUCUUGUAUACAUAAGCAGAUAGGGGUUUUUUUAAUUAGCAAUUUGGUUUCUGAUCAGUAAAGUAUGUGAAGAUGAAAUCUACUUUGAAAGAGAAAAAUAGUAUGAAUAAACAAUAUGAGUUCCUGAGAAAGUCUUACUAAAUUUAUUCAAAACCUUCUGUUUAGGGAUCAUGAGUAAAUACGUUAUGGGAGACGCCCUUUGUGGGUUAAUUAUUUGUGGUAAAGUUUUGUAAUUCAGAAUUUCUGAGGAUUUGCCACAUUUUAUUACACCAUUGUGAAUGUCACAGUUUCAGUUCCUGGUUGAAGAUGGAUGCACAAUAUCAUAUUUACCUGGAAGAGAGGAUCUAUAUUUUAGAUAUUUAUUCAGCUUAUACACCGCCCUAUACCCGGAGGUCUCAGGGCGAUUCACAAACAAGACCACAACAUAUAAAAUCAAACCAAAAACAAUAACCCAAUAAUCCCCACCCCCAAAAAAGAACCACAUUCUAAAAGGAUAUUGGAUGUAAAUAAGAUUAACCAAAGGCCUGGUUAAAAAGGAACCAUUCUCGUGUUGCCGCCCUCCAGACGUCUUGAGCAGGAGGCACACGAAGGAGGGCCUCGGAAAUUUAUCUCAGGGUACAGAUAGGUUCAUAUGGGAAGAGGCGGUCCUUGAGGUAUUGCGGUCCUGAGCCGUUUAAGGCUUUAUAGGUUAAAACCAGGAUCCUGAAGUAAAUUCUAUUUCUGUGUUGCAGCCCAGCAUAUUCCAAAUAAAAUGGUUUCACAUGGAGUAGUGCAAUAUUAUAGUAGUGCAAAUUAUGCAAUUGUCAUUCAUAUCCUAUGCAGAGUCAGAUUAGACCAGUGGUUUUCAACCAGUGUGCCGUGGCACUCUGGGGUGUCUUGAAUGAUGGUCAGGGGUGCCAUGUGCAAUGCUGGCCUCUGUCUCUCUUUCAUUCCCUUCCUUCCUCUAAUGCCCUCUCACAUCUCUGCCUCCCAAAGGCUUGCACAGCUGUUUGUUGCAGCAGCCCUGGCUACAAGCUCCCCAGGUGAAUGGUGCCUCUGGAUCUGGCCAGGGGGUGCUGGUUGCCAGGAGCUGAGGCAGCUCAGAGACCAGGGGUUGCUGCAGCGGCUGCUUGGCAGCGGCCCCAAGGAGAGGGGAGAGGAGCAGAGGCUGGGGGAACACUCCACAAGGGAGGGUGAAAUAUACUCAGAGUCGAGAGUGGAUUUCAUGCUCUUUACUCAGCUCAUAGUGGUGAGGAGGGAAUGAAAGUCCCCUCAAAGUAUCUGCUUUAUAUACAUUAUUUACACAAUGGGCUGCACGUGAUUGGCUAAUUCCGGAAUUCUCCGGUAGGCCAAUCAGGUUGUGGAUUCACUUCUAUCUGGAGCUGGAUUAGGUGGCUCCUGCCGACCAAUCAUUUUGCUGCAUUGUUCUAGGACCAAUCAGACUACUGUAUUCUGAAUCCUAUUGUUCUAGGACCAAUCAGACUGCUGCAUUUUGGAUCCUAUUGUUCUAGGACCAAUCAGACUGCUGCAGUUUGGAUCCUAUUCAACUCAGUACAUAACACCCCUCCCCUCUAAGUUCCAGUCCUGCCCGGGAGGUCGCAUUCAUAGUCCUCAAGGUACGCUGGCGGCCUACGUGUGCGUUGCGGUCUGGGGUGUUCCCUGGUCCGGGGUUCAGGUUCUAGCUCGUGUUCCAAGGAUGCUGGCUGUGAUGGGGCCGUUCAGUCGUGGUUCUGGUUCCAGUGUUCUUGCGGCCUCGCGGGUCCUCUCUGUAUUUACUGAUUCUGCCUCUCCUGCUGGCCCCUCCUGUUCUAUGGGUCUCACUGCCCCAGUGUUCCCUUGGGACUCCUCUGACCUGUCCUCCUCCUGGUUUUCUCCCAGGAAUCGUCGCCAUAUCUGGCCGCAGUGGCAGCGCCAGCAUUGCCCCCCAUCCGUUAGCACCCCGUACGACACGGGGCCAGUGACCCUGGUGACUGGUGGGUACCCAUGCUGGGCCUGCCCCAAAGUUCUUUGCGUACACUGGGUCCUGGGCCACAAAGGUCCGGGGGUUCCUGCCUUCCCCCACCACUACCUCAUCCUGAGCUCUAUUGGGGUGAAGGCGGUCCAAUCUGAUUGCAAGGCGCCGAUCCAUUAGUAGUUCAGCGGGGCUCCGGCCAGUCGUUGAGCUGGGGGUGCUGUGCUGUGCUAGAAGGAAUGUGGCAAGGCAGUACUCCCAAUCCCCUUGCGUCAUGCGGCAGAGGGUGUCCUUGGUGGUCCGCACCAUGCGUUCUGCUUGGCCAUUGGUGGCAGGGUGGAAUGGCGCCCACUCCCAUUGUGGGGACCUUACGUUUCUGGAAGUCCCGGAGGGUGAAUGGGGUCGGCCUGAGUUUGGGACCCCCACUAGGACACAGUUUACUUAAGGUCCUUGCCGAGAUUAUGGAUAGAGUUGAACCCGUGUCAAGCUCCAUGCGGCACGGGGCCCCCUCUAUCUGUACCUCUACAUAAAUUAUCUCUACGUUGGGGUGGGGCAACUGGUAUACCUGGAAGUCUGUGAGCUCCAUCGAGUUGCCUUGGUGCGUUGGGCCCUGGGACCUGGGGCUCUUGGAUCGGUCAUCUGAUGCCUGGCAUUGGGUGGGCCAAGCUCGACACACCCGAGCGAUGUGUCCCAAUUUUCCGCACUGCCUGCACUCUGCGUUGCGGAAACGGCUGGUCCUCCUCUUGUGACUCUCCCCGCAGCUUGCGCAGUUCCCUCCUUCUCGUCGAGGCAGCUGUGGUCUGUGCGCUGCUUGAGUGCGCUGCUGUACUCGGUGCACCUCCUCCCUGUCAGAUCCUGAGUCAUCGGUGAGGUCUUCGUGGUGGACCCUUGGUUGGGGCGACAGGCUCGGCUGUGCCUCUUGCGUUGACCUCUCGGCAGCUUCUGUUACCAGGGCCUCCUCCAGGGCGACCUGGAACGUUAGGUCCUUCUUAGCGUAGAGGCAUCGUUGCAGCUUCUCAUCCUUCAGGCCACCGACAAGGCGGUCACGAAGCAUGUUCUCCAGCUCUGAGAAGUUGCAGAACCGGGCAGCUUGGCGGAGAGAGGUCACAAACCCAGUUAUGGUUUUCCCAGGGGCUUGCCGCUUUGCAUAGAAGGCAUUUUGACGAGCCACCACUGAGGGCUGUGGUGAAAAGUGCCCCUUCAGCCGUUCCAUUAUUGUUUUGUAUGGAACAGUAGCGACGUCUUCAGGCGCAAGGAGAGCCCGGGCGAUUUCAAACGUCUCCUCUCCGCAGAUGCUGAAGAAUAUCACCCUCUUCUUGGCAUCUUCUUCGUCGGUGACCCCUUUGGCUUCUAGGAGGAAGGUGAAACGGGAGGCAUAGGCUUCCCAGUCUCCGGAUGCUGGGUUGAACGGCGAGAAGCUGCUGUCGGUUGCCAUUCUGAGUUCCUUGGGUCCCGGAGCUGAAGCCUGGAUACACGGUGCGAGGCAGCGGUGCGGCAGGUGGCGGUGCUGCGGUGCUGUGUGUGGCGGUCAGCUCAGCGGAUCCCAUCCUCGUCGCCAGUGAAAUAUACUCAGAGUCGAGAGUGGAUUUCAUGCUCUUUAUUCAGCUCAUAGUGGUGAGAAGGGAAUGAAAGUCCCCUCAAAGUAUCUGCUUUAUAUGCACAAUGGGCUGCACGUGAUUGGCUAAUUCCGGAAUUCUCCUGUAGGCCAAUCAGGUUGUGGAUUCACUUCUAUCUGGAGCUGGAUUGGGUGGCUCCUGCCGACUAAUCAUACUGCUGCAUUGUUCUAGGACCAAUCAGACUGCUGUAUUCUGAAUCCUUUUGUUCUAGGACCAAUCAGACUGCUGCAGUUUGGAUCCUAUUCAACUCAGUACAUAACAGAGGGUGUUCGAAAAAGGGUGAGAGGCUGCCAACUUGGCAGGCAAGGAGUGACGUAACUGGGCCCCUGAGCCCCACAGGGGUCCCACAGAAAGAAUGUAGUUGCUCAAGGGAACUGUGGACUCAAAAAGGUUGAAAACCUCUGGAUUAGAGAGUUAUAACAUGCCCCUUGUGAGGCUGCCUUUGAUGACAAUGUGGGAACGAAACUUGGGUCAAAUGCAGUUGACAGAUUGCUAAAUGGAGCAUACAAACAGGAACAUAUCACUCUGAUACUUUUUUUCAUCUUCCCUGGUCGCCUGUUUGUUUCCAUUCUGAUUCAAAGUGCUGCUUUUGACCUUUACAGGCCUAAAUUGCCAGAGAGUUGGAUAUUUUAUGAACCUCCUAUUUGACUCUCUAUCUCAGCGGAACAUCAAAUGCCCUGCUCUUCUAGCCCACCAUGACCAGAGCUAUUUAGGUGCAUGCAAAAGUGACGUGGAAAUUGUAAAAAACAAAGAAAAACUUUUCUAAAGGAGGUAUAAUAUGUGAAGACACGGCUAUUCCAACAACGCUUUGGGUCUUAUGCCUACUGAUAAUGAUUUUUAAUUAACUUAAUAAUUUUAUUCAUAUGCCACUUUUACACCCCCCCCCAAAAAAAAACCUUCUCAGCCUCAGAGUGGCUUUUACAACAAAGAAAACAGGAAAGCAUUUCAAAAUCAAAGUGCAAAAGCAAUUUCAUAAUAACAUAGCAAAACAACACAAUAGCAAAUAUAAUAACAUACGAGAAGCAACAUUUCAAUACUAUAAAUGUAGCAAGUUUACAUUAGCAAUUCUCAGCAUCAAAAAAAAGCAAGGGAGCUGGACAGUUCCACCUUGGUCCUAGAAAUAGCCCUCCAUGAUGUUACUCAGAGUCUCUCUCCUGCAGGAACUUCUUAUAAGGUUUCCAAAGGCGGGGGGGGGGGGCGCGGAAUAGCUGGAAACAACCCUCCCAUUAUGUUGCUCCUCGUUUUAGUUUGAACUGUUGUGAAAUGUGUAUUUUAUCCUAAUGUUCGGUAUUAUUCCCCCCUCCCCGGUAGCCCGUAUAACAUUUUAUAUUAUGCAAUUCUUUUGUUAUGGUUUUGGUUUUCGGAUCAAUGCUUUUUUAUUUAGGGGUGAACUGCCUUGACUAUCCUCGUAUAGAAAAGUUGGUUAUAAUAGAUAAAUGAGGUCACUGCCUAAUUGCACCUUCAAGCAGCAUACGCUCAAUUGUAUUUAGGUAAAGUCGUGGUCACGCUGUGUAGUUGCAGGCGUAGGAAUGAGCACACCAGUCCUUGUUGUUUUUGCUUAUGUUCAUCUUGUUUCUCCAGUCACCGCACUGAUUUAUAUCUUUGGCAGAUGGUGAAGAAGACGGAGGUGAUGAGGAGUCGCCUGACGGUGGAGCUGGUCCCGUUCCCCAGGGCGGUCCACGUGGCACCCGCGAAACUCAGCUUGCUCGUCGAAUUGCCAAAGGAAAGCAAAACCGGAGGCUGCUUUCUAACAAGCCUCAAGACUUCCAGGUUGUAGAGUUGAUAAGUCAUAUGCAUUGCAAGACCUAAUAUGCCAGAUUUCAGGAUGACCUCAGGCUGCAGUCCUGUGCACAGGUGCCAAGGAAUAAACCUCACUGAACACAGUGGUGUAAUGCAUAGGACUGCAUGAUAAAUAUCAGUGAAAAGGAAAAUUCAUGCAUAGUAAGCAUGUGUAAUUUUUCUGUUCUGGAAUCUCCAGACGUUUCAGAAGCUCUCAUUUAAAUCUUGGAAGAUUCUUUCCCCCGGUGUAAUGUCUGUUGGCUCCAGUCUAGAAUAGCAAAGGAGCGGUAUGAAUAAAUCUCAGGAUUUAAAAGUGAGGUCUGGAGUAUUCCUGCCCCCCUCAUCAAUAUUUGAUACGCAGCAGAGUUAAAAGUGAGGAUGCAGCACUCCAUAAAUUUAGUGGUUUUAUUUCUUGUUUGGGCCCAGGAAUGUUCCAUGUAGCCAGUGGAAACUCUUAGUUUCUGCCCAUUAGAAUGAGAUGUUCUUCUGGAUUGUCUGACUUUGGUUGAUAGAUUCCAGUACUGCUGGUUAGUUUAUUUUAACAAUAAAAGAAAAGAAACACUUUGUCAGUGUGACAUGAUGAGAAACCAGCCGAUAAAAGGAACACAUCAGUGAUCUAAUAUUUGCAUUUGUUUUUCUCCCUGCGUUAGAUUCGUGUCAGGGUCAUUGAAGGACGUCAGUUCUCUGGGAAUAACAUAAAGCCAGUUGUGAAAGUACACAUUUGUGGACAGACACACAGAACAAGAAUCAAAAGAGGCAACAAUCCUUAUUUUGAUGAGGUAUUGUGUUACACAUCUUUGAUAAUCUCCUAGCUGAAAGGCAUAGGUUUUUUUACCUGGAAAAAAAUAAAAACUUAUUUUAUCUAUUUCUAUCUUUAACUCUCACCCCACUCCUUGUGGCUAACUGUUCUCAGUAAAAAAAGAGUAAAGCAAAGCUACUUUCUUAUCUGUGCACAAUCUAAGUCUAGUUGCCAUAGUUUAUGAGAGAGAUGGAUAAGAUGGCUAAAUCCUAAACAAACAUAUUGGGAAGUAAACUGUUGAAAUCAUUGGGAUUUCCUAUACUGAGAAGUCCCAUUUUGUGCUUUAAAAUGAUUAAAGAACUUGGACUGAAAGUCACAUGAAGAAAUGGAACAUGCAUUUGUGCUGGAUUCAAACAGAGAGUUUCCUCUAUCAUGAAUAAAAUUCCUCAUCUGAAUCCUUAGCGUCUUUUAACUCCCAUGAAUAUUCAGAUUUAAUAACCAAGCUAUUUCUUCCCAUGAUUUAACAGAUGUUUUACUACAAUGUCCACAUGACCCCUUCAGAGCUCUUUGAUGAAACAAUAAGCAUUCGGGUAAGUAAAACUAACAAUGUUCUUUAUAAUUGCCUCAUUAUUGCUGAAUAAAAGUAAAACAUUAUUCCAUUCCUAUCAUUCAAUUAUAGGUAUAUGAUUCUUAUUCUUUACGUGCCGACAGUCUAAUGGGGGAAUUUAAAGUAAGUAUUCUUGAUGUCUCACCACAUGCUUUCUGUUUACCCUCUUACCAGAUCUGUGAUGAAAAUGUUGGGAAAGGGGAACACAUUUCUCACAAAAGAUGAAGUUUUAUUUGUGAAAAUUGUUAUACUUUCUGCUAUGGUACUUUCUUUGUUGUUGUUUUUUCUGGGGUGUUAAUAUGCUAAACCUUUGUUUCAGAUUGACAUUGGCUAUGUCUACGAUGAACCCGGUGAGUAUGUGCCUUUAAGGCACUAUCUUCUGUAUUUCCCUCCUAGGGAAAAAGGGGAAUAGCUGGCAGGGGACAGACCAUGAUUAUGAAGGUGGUUUCCCCAGGGUGUGAGUCAUCCAUUGCACUUCGGGUGUGCUGACCCCUGCAACAGCAGCAAUCUUUGGAGUUGGUCUGGUCUGCCCCACUCCACCUACCAAUCAUACCCAGCUCAUAACAAGUCGUUCCAUCCAGCUCAGGAAUGUCUAUAGUGACUUGCAUCAACUCUCUGGAGUGGGUUUCAGGCAGGAGCCUCUAUCAGCCCCUACCGGAGAUGCCAGGGAUUGAACCUGGGACAUUCUGCAUGCAAAGCAGAUGCUCUACCAGUGAACUAUGGCCUCCUCCCCUUUCCCCUCCGCAUUUGAUACUCCUGCUUCUCACUGCCACUAGUUAUCAUCACAGUUUAAAUGUGACUCCUUAAAGAAGAAGAAAACACCUCCUGCAUAUGGCUGAUUUGAGAAAAUUAGAAUACAGUGGUGCCUCGCAAGACGAAAUUCAUCCGUUCCACGAGUCUCUUCGUCUUGCGGUUUCUUCGUCUUGCGAAGCACGGCUAUUAACGGCUUAGCGGCUAUUAGCGGCUUAGCGGCUUUAAGAAAAAGGAAACAAACUCGCAAGAACUCGCAAGACGUUUCGUCUUGCGAAGCAAGCCCAUAGGGAAAUUCGUCUUGCGGAACAACUCAAAAAACGGAAAACUCUUUCGUCUUGCGAGUUUUUCAUCUUGCGAGGCAUUCGUCUUGCGAGGUACCACUGUAAUAAUAAUAAUAAUAAUAAUAAUAAUAAUAAUAAUAAUUUAUUAUUUGUACCCCGCCCAUCUGGCUGGGUUUCCCUGGCCACUCUGGGCAACUUCCACAGAAACCAAAAAUACACUAAAAUAUCACACAUUAAAAAUUCCCCUGAACAGGGCUGCCUUAAGAUGUCUUCUGAAUAUCAGGUAGUUGUUUAUCGCUUUGACAUCUGAUGGGAGGGCGUUCCACAGGGCAGGCGCCACUACCGAGGAGGCCCUCUGCCUGGUUCCCUGUAGCUUUGUUUCUCGCAAUGAGGGAACCGCCAGAAGGCCCUCGGCGCUGGACCUCAGCGUCCGGGCAGAACAAUGGGGGUGGAGACACUCCUUCAGGUAUACUGGGCUGAGGCCGUUUAGGGCUUUAAAGGUCAACACCAGCACUUUGAAUUGUGCUCGGAAACGUACUGGGAAACAAAUAUUAUUUCCCUGAAGGGAUGCUAUCUUCUCUCUCUUUUUAUUUUCAGGACACGCGGCCAUGAGAAAAUGGCUGCUUCUAAAUGACCCUGAAGAUUCAAAUUCAGGUGCCAAAGGGUACUUGAAAGUCAGCAUGUUCGUUCUCGGAACAGGAGAUGAGCCACCUGUAAGUUUCAGUCAUAAACAGAUAUUUUCCUUCUACUAAUAUGCUUCACAUGGGUUAAUCUAUGCUUAUGUUGGUGCCAGAAAUUACAUUUGAAGGUACUUUAAUGACCGAACCUGCUUACUGUAUGUUUCUUUUCCCCAGUUCUGCUUGCUCCGCUACUUUCCACCCUAUCGCCACAGCACUUCUCUCCCAUGGCCUUCUGCAUCGCUGCCUUUCAAAGGUACAUCUCCCCUUAACUUUUCCCAAUUUCUCAUCUUUGGGGUACAGCCUCUUCUUGCUCAGGGUACUGCUUCUCCCCUCUGCUGUUCCCAGAUGCUUCAUUCAGUCACAGAAAAGACUGUGAAUCUUGGGUUUUUUCUCCAGAUGCUCUUGGGAGUGUUAUUAAAAUGGGGAAAUGUUCAAAUCUGCAAGGAUACAUGCCAUUCGCCCCCCCCCCCAUUUUAUCUUCACAAUAGCUUUGUAAGGUGCGUAAAGCUGAAGGAUUCUGAUUAGCCCAAGGCCAGCCCAAGGCGAUAUUUCAUGGUCAAUAAUAUAUAUCAUUUCAAAAAUCUUCUGGAAUGUUGUUAUUGUUGCUUUUUAUGACAAUAUUCUCACAUUAAAUUUGACUUCUAAAAUGUCAAAAGAUUGUAAUUCAGAAAGAAUCCAGUGUAGAGUGAGCCCAUUUUUAUCCAUUUCGGAUUAUAUACAUUGCAAACAAAAUGCCAAUCAUGUUUUAGCUAAACUUGUGCUACAUAAUCUUAUGUGCAAGUCUUGACCUGCGAAAUUCAAAUUGUUGGACAUAUUAGUCAGCCUAAAGGUUUGUGCCGAUAAUCCUCACAUUCUUUUGCACUGAAGAAUAGUGAAACUGACCUUAUGGAAGGUUUCCUCAAAACUUCGACCCUCCAAUUCUUAGACCCUUGUCUAAGACACUAAAAAGUGCCUUGCAGCCUCUUACACACUUUGUACCGUGUAUUUAGCUAAUGCUGAAUAGAAGACAGAAUGACACUGUAUGAUGUAUAUCGUUGCUAUUAUAGGUUCUGCAUAGGAUUUGUGAUUGUGAUACAGAGGAAAAACAGCUAGCAGGGGAAAGUAGGGGAACCUCUGCUUAGCUUUGCUGUCCUGCUGAUUACGCCUUCCCACUUUGCAGGAGAAUAGCAUUGGUGACAUGUGGUGGCUAAAUCAUCUGUGUGGAAACACCCUGGGUGUGGUCUUCUAAGAUUUAUAUGCAUGCAUAAUUCCAGCACAAGCUCACAGCCCAGCAUUCUAUGAUCUGUGAAAGGCACAGCUUUCUUGUAAGCUGCGGUUGUUUAGGGGCAAAGACUAAUCAGUUCAAAGUGGAGUUGCCACAACUCUGUACUUCACUCUAAAAUGUUUGCAGGUAGUGGCUAUUUAACAAGGGCUUGCUUGCUGUCUGCUAGGGGAAGGAGAAUAAUGCAUUUGAAUGUGUCUCCAACAGGUGGAAAAUAGAGAACGGGAGAAUGAAAACGAUGAUGUAGAAAGUAAUCUUUUGCUUCCGGCUGGGAUAGUACUCCGAUGGGUCACUUUCGUUCUUAAGAUCUACAGAGCUGAAGAUAUUCCUCAGAGUAUAAACUUUUUUGUUUUAUUUUCUGAGUUACACAUUCGUAAAGUUGGAAUUGUGUGCAACUGAUUUUUUUUAUACCAAUAUUAGUUUCUUGAGAGCUCAAGAGAUGCUUAAGACUCAGUUCUUACCUAGGUGGUAAGCCUGUUUCUGGGCUGUACUGCUUCAGACAUCAUUUAGGGGCUCAUAUAACUGUAUAACCUUUUUAUUUUAUUUUUAAAAAAUCCUCUACAUAUAUCAUGGGUGUACCCCUAUCUGCAUAACCUAGCAAUUAUAAAAUACAGACGUGCUUUUACUCUCGCAAGAUUGAAUGUUUUGCCCUCGGCUGUACUUGAGGGACGAUUCCAACAGAUUCCACACAAAAACCCCUUAUGUCCCUGUGUAGAUGUCAGUACCGAAUCUGUGGCGCAUGUCCUUCUGGCUUGCACUCUUUAUAAAGACUUGAGGAAUGAGGUUAACACCCCUCUUUCAUUGUCCAUUUCGGGUCGCCCAGCCACUGCCACAGGGUCCUUUCUCUUGGCAGAUCAGGAUGAGCAGGUGACGGCAAAGGUUGCAAGGUUUUUAGCUGGGGCCAUUAGAAUAAGAUCCACUAUUUGACUAUAGAUUCAAAACCCUAAAAUGUAUUUUAUAUAAUUGACUUUUUAUUUCUACUCUUUGUGUAUCAUAUUGUUGUUUUAUUGCUGUGGCUGAUAAAGGUUUAUUCUUCUUCUACUACCUGUGUGCAAAUAAAGGUUUAUUCUUCUUCUACUACCAUGGGUGUAGAAUUCAAGGCUUGCCAAACUGCCCAAUUUGGCCUACAAGGUCAUUUGGGCCUAGCUACACUCACCUGCCAUACAACAUCAAAGGCAGGGUAGGUAAAGUUGUGGCAUCAAAGGAAAAAUCAAGAGCCUUAGAGUGUCCUCCAGAUUGCAUUGCAGCUCUGACUUGUGUUCAGCAUUGUUUUAAUCUGGUGCCAAAUGCAAGCCCCACUAAUUUGGAGCUCCCCACUGGAACCCCGUGAGCACUGCUGCUUUUGACAGGGCUCAGAUCCACCCAGGAAUGACCAGUCCCAGCCACCAUUUUAUUUCAUUCCAAAUCAUUGUGGGACAAAGCAUUGUAGGGGAAUGGCUAGCUAGUCUCUGCAAAAAAAUGGCAGCCACCAGUGGGGAUUUCCAUCUUUUUGGUGACAAAAUAAAGCCUUUUUUCCCCAAAAAAAAAGGCAGCAAAAAAGUUGCCACCACUCCUAAAAGUAAGCCCCUCUGCUAUUGUAGUGAAUAUUGCCCCUGAAUUUGGGGUCAUUUUAGCUGCUGCCCAUUUCUCUGUUACCUCUAGCUUGGUGUUUCCAGGGCAAGACAUCACUCCAGAAGGGGCCAAAUCUGAGCCCCAUGUCUCUGGCCGCUGAUCCCUUGUUUGCUGGAUUCAGUUUUCACUAUCAUGCUAUUUAAGUUCCACAAUACCACACCCAGCUGCCACAUUGCUGCAUGUUCAUGAAAUAUGCCAACUUUGUGGCUCCGAGAUCUUGGUUGUGAAAAAUGAUUGCCAUUUCCCCCCUCUUCUGUAUGUUUUCUGUGCAGUGGAUGAUGCUUUUGCGCAGACUGUAAAGGAAAUAUUUGGUGGAGAAGCAGAUAAGAAAAACCUUGUGGAUCCAUUUGUGGAAGUUUGCUUUGCUGGGAAAAAGGUAUUCAGUGCUAAUAACAGAACUAUAUAAAUAAAUAUGCUUGAAACCAGUCAGGAUCAUUAAUCAUAUAAGCCAUAAGAAUACUGUGGAACCUCGGGUUACAUACACUUCAGGUUACAUACGCUUCAGGUUACAGAUUCCGCUAACCCAGAAAUAGUAGCUCGGGUUAAGAACUUUGCUUCAGGAUGAGAACAGAAAUCGUGGGGCGGUGGCAGUGGGAGGCCCCAUUAGCUAAAGUGGUGCUUCAGGUUAAGAACAGUUUCAGGUUAAGAAUGGACCUCCAGAACGAAUUAAGUUCUUAACCCGAGAUACCACUGUAGUCACAUCUUGCCUAGGUUCAGAGACACAACACAGUUUCCCAUUAUGUGCUGAAGCCUUGGACUUACACACUUACCUCUGAGCUCAUGUGUUCUCCCUUCCCUCUCUUCCUCUUCCUCCCCUCCUCAGACAUUUAUAGUGAUAUAUUUUCAGAUAACUGCAGGUUUUUUGUUGUAUUUGAACCUGGACAAAAUGUGCUUGGUCUUGUGGGAUAUUGGAACAACUCAACUUCAGAUCACGUUUAGUGAUCCAGACUUGUUUCAAGAAACCAUUUAAUGCCAACCAUAAUUUCUGAUUCAAACAUAAUCGCAAACUGUGGUUAUUUGAAAAUGCAAGCAGAUGCUCCUGAACUUCACUCAAGUCUUGUGCACAUUAUGCUGUAGAUUAGCCCAAGAGUCACCAAACUUUUGGGACCUGUGAGCACAUUUGCAAAAUGGAUAAACUGUCAUGACCACAGAUGGACACACACACACCAGCACAUUCAUUUGGUUACAAUGAAAUGCUUCUUUUAAAGCUGAUUUCAGUGGGAGGAGACAACCCUGUGGGCACCAGGGUAGGCAUCUGUCUACACCUUCUGCAUAUGUACUUCUGGGGCAGGAGGUGCAAAUUUGAAUAAAAUAUGGGGGGGAGUAAGUUCCGCCCUGCAUUAUUGAUCACAAGACAAAGUGUGUACACACCUUUUGAAAGGCAAUGCCCAUCAACUCGCGGGAGGGGGGGGCAGCCCCCUCAAAUAUUUUAUUGGGCACCUCAGCCCCUAGGAAUUGGCUCCUAUGUUCUGGGGCCAUAUAGGUGACUCCUGGUCUAGCAUUCAGGCCAAUGACUGCCAAAAACUGAACACAGUCAUACCUUGGUUUCUGAACAAAAUGCGUUCCAGAAGUUCGUUUGACUUACGAAAUGUUCGGAAACCAAGCCGUGGAAGCUGCACUGGACAUUUGGCUUCCAAAGCAAAGUUUGCAAACUGGAACAUCUACUUCCGGGUUUGUGGCAUUCGAGUUCCAAGUUGUUCGUGAACUAAGGUACGACUGUAUAGCGACAGUUACUAUACAGAGCACCCAUUAUAUUUUGUGAGCAUUUGUUGAUCUUCCUUAUGUCUGAAUAAAAGCUAUUCCUAGACAUAGAACUGUUCAUAACUUUCAUAUGGGGAUUUUUUUCCCAGGUUUGCACCAAUAUAAUUGAAAAAAAUGCUAACCCAGUGUGGAAUCAACUUGUUAAUCUUCAGAUCAAGGUUGGUUUGCUGCUGUACAAAAAACUAUUACAAUGUUGUUGUUUCAUUUAGAAAUAAGACUUUGUUUAAUUAGUACUGUCUUCUUUUUUCCUAGUUCCCUUCGAUGUGUGAAAAAAUAAGACUGGUGGUGUACGAUUGGUGAGUUCUCCUUUGUUGUUUAUAGAGUUGCAUGCGAAGCAACAACGACAAUGCUUGAAAACAAAAAGGUUUUAACAUACGUUGGUGACUUGUGCCGCACAAGCUAUCGCGGAAUUAAUUAAGUGCUCUUUGCAGAGCGGUGCUCAGAUUAUUUGUAAUGAAGUUGGUUAUAGCUUGGUGUUCUUAAUAAUUGCCGCUGUUAUGGAGCAUGACAGGCCUGCCUGUUUAAAAUUCCCACGAGUUCUCAUUCAUUAGCUACUCAGCUUGAACCAUUAUAAAGAUUAUAGAGAUCAUUAGAAUUGUUUCAUGGAUAAUUAUGUCCAUUAGGCUUACUGCUGUCAGGGUUGUCAGCGGUCAAGGCAGGGGGUAAUACAGGCACAUAGUCUUUCUACAAGGUGCUAAAAGAUAUGUGUACAUCCUUUAACAAUUGAGUUGUGCCAUCUGAUGGCUACUGGUGGAACUGAAAUCCUGUCACGGACGUAUAGGUGAGUGUAGCAGCCAUAGGAUAACCUUGUGUGUUGUCUUCUCCUAACCUUGCUGACCUGGGCUUAGGGAUGGGGAGAAAUUUGGUUCAGCUUGUAUUUUAGUGCAAGUCUGCCUAAUUCAUACUUCUUGAAACGAAAUGUGAAUCGAGACACAGCAAUUUCUCCUAAUUCUGUGAUGCAGUUAUCCAACCCCCAAAAAAAUUUGUACUAAAAUGCAUGUAUUAGGGAAACGUGCAUAAAAAUGUGGGGUUUUUUUAUUAAAAUAACAUACAAAAUGCAUCAUAUCUGGGGAAAUUGCUUGCAAAAGUAUAUAAAAAUGUAUAUAUUAGGAGGAAUUUGUACUAAAGUGCCAAAAGAUUUUGUGAGGAGGUUUUUUUUGGGGGGGGGCUAUUUUUGCAGAAAUGUGGUAAACUGACCUUAACAUUGAAAAAUGAGAAACUGAGAGAACUUGAAACUGACUGAUUUGCCCAUGGCAAUAUAUAUACAUACAUACAUAUAUAUAUAUAUAUAUUAGUUUCUUUACAAAUGCAGUAAAUAAUAAUGGUAGUAUUAGUGAUAAAUAUACAAUUUUCAAUACAGAACAUGGUUAAAACAGGACCUAUAUAGUACUACAAUUUUAUAUGCUUAAGACCACACCCACAUCUGAAUAUUUAAAAUGAAUACUGACGAUUACAUCAUUUCAUGAAGGGAUCGCCUCACCAGAAAUGAUGUCGUAGGCACCACAUACUUGAGCCUAUCCAAAAUUGCUGCUUCGGGGGGAGAAGUUGAAGGUAAGGUAGUUUCUCUUCCAAUGUUGUUUCUUCAAAGGAGCACCUGUAAGUUCAAAACAGAAGAAAGAAGAAGGAAGGACAAUGUAAGAAAUUGUAUUUCUUCACUCAGGUUCAAUGUACGGAGCCAUUGGAGAGGAGUGGUGGCGUCACAUACCAAGCCUCCUGGCAUAAUAAUAAUAAUAAUAAUUUAUUACUUAUGCCCCAACCAUCUGGCUGCGCCUCCCCAGCCACUCUAGGUAGCUCCCAACAUAUUAAAAACAUGAUAAAACAUCAAACAUUAAAAACUUCCCUAAACAGGGCUGCCUUCAGAUGUUUUCUAAAAGUCAGGUAGUUGUUUAUUUCCUUAACAUCUAAUGGGAGGGCAUUCCACAGGGCGGGCGCUACAUCUGAGAAGGCCCUUUGCCUGGUUCCCUGUAACCUCACUUCUUGCAGGGAGGGAACCACCAGAAGACCCUCUGCACUGGACCUCAGCGUCCAGGCAGAACGAUGGGGGUGGAGACACUCCUUCAGGUAUACUGAAGGACCACUUGCCGGGAGGGGGGAGAAACCAGGCGCUAGGAAGGUUGGGUGCUGUGCAGACACAUCAGCAGAGCCAAUCUGAUGCUCCUGCUGAUAUGCCUGCACAGCACUGACCUCGCUGCUCCUUUGUCCCACCUCCUCCUGGUAAGCAGCAACUCAGUUCCUUCUGACAUUCCUAUUCAUACGUCCUGCUACCUGAUUGGUACAAAGUGCCAUAUGAGUCUGCAUGUAACGCUUGCCUAGAGUAGUCCAGGGGUAGGCAACCUAAGGCCCGGGGGCUGGAUGCGGCCCAUUCGCCUUCUCACUCAGGCCUGUAGAUGGUCCGGGAAUCAGCGUGAGUAGAAUGUGUGCUUUUAUUUAAAAUGCAUCUCUGGGUUAUUUGUGGGGCAUAGGAAUUUGUUCAUUUCCCCCCCAAAAAAUAUAGUCCAGCCCACCACAUGGUCUGAGGGACAGUGGACCAGCCCAUGGCUGAAAAAGGUUGCUGACCCCUGGAGUAGUCAUUUUCUCUCCACAGGGACUAUUUCAGGAAUAGUGUGGUCAUCCCACCGUGGAUGUUGUUGCCCUGAUGAAAGUUGGUUGGCCUCACCCCCCCCCCCAGUGAAACUUCCCACAUUUGGGUAGAACAGUUAUUAUUCUUCGGAGGUGUCUCUCUGAGACCAAUCCAUUAUGUCCUUCAUAAUGAGUGUGUAGUACACUAUUGUUGAAAAAUGAAAACUGGUUGCUAUAGGUCUAUGCAUACCAUGCGCUAUCUUGAGCUUCCUUGCCACUAUGGGGUGCUAUAUUUUCUUCUGAAGCUGAUUUAGCUUUGAGGACUAGUUCCUUUGAGGACUGCAUGAGAGUGGCACCUCUGAUCUUAAAUGUUUGCACUUGUCUGUCAUCCUGUGAUGCCUGCAUAAUAGCCGUAAAAUGCUGCUAUAAUUUCUUAUUUUGUGAGGUUGAUACCGGCAAAGCUGUCGGCACAACCCAUCCUAAGUACUUACGUGAUUUAGAAGCAAGACUUAGGAUCAGGACAUACCUUAUUUUUAGAUCAAGACUCCAGAUUCACUUUGAUUUAAAUGUUUUAUAUGUUGUGCAUUCUUUAUACAGUACUACAUACCAAAUAAUGUGUUGUCUUUUGUAAUCUAUAGAGUUUUCAUCUUCGGGAGCUGGGGUUUCAUCAUAUGAAGGUUCAUAAUCAUAUAUUGGAGUUCAAUGCAAAUUCUUGCCCUUUCCGCAAACUAAUAUUUCCUUUUAAACCCAAAUGUGUAACCUAUACACUUACAUUAAUGUUAGCAGCUGCGAUGAUACUUAUGAUGAUAAUUUUUAACAGUUUGGGCAUUGGAUCAUGAUUGCAUGAGAUUUUCUUUGACUUUUGCAUGGCUUUACUGUAUAUUUUUGCAUGCAAUUGUUUAAUUUAUUCUAUACCCCAACUUGUAGUACUAAAGAUAUAUGCAGGAGCUUUGGAGACAGUGCUUGGUGGUUUGGGCCGUUAAUGGCUUGCUGUCUUUAAUGAGAGCACAUAAACAGAUUUUAUCUAUGAAAACUAUCACAGGCAGUAUACAUUUGCCUCAAAUUCUGUGCCUGAUUCCUCAAAGAUUAAAAAACUUUUCAUAAAAAUGGAUGCAAUAUUAAAGAUCUGCCUCUGAAAGGUACCCAUAAAACUUUGUUUUCUCAUCCAGAAAAUUUUCACAUUUCUGUGCUGAAUUGCACUGAAAAUUUAAUUAUGCAACAGUAAUUAUACUGUGAAAUUUCUAAGAAACCUUUGCCUGAUUAGUGAAUACUUUUAAAAAGGAAUUACACACACACACACACACAAAUAUAUAUAGUGUGUAACUUUAUAUUUGCCUGACCUCGGCACAUUUAAUUGGAGAGAAGAUUAUAUUUUUUUCACAUUACAAAGAAUUGUGGGAUGAGAGUGAUUCACACUUCUAAUUCUACACUACUACGGAAAUAAUGUGAAUAAGAUGGUUGGGUGAAAUACAGGAGGGUGUAUAAUAGGGAUUUUAUCAUGGCAAACAUAGGGGAUUAUAUUGUGGCAAACGACACCUGCUGAACUUCCUGCUUCUGCACAACUAGUGACUACAGGAGCCCCAACCUCCUUUGCAUCUGCCCACCCUAAAUGCAAAAAAAGAAGAGUUCUGAAUCUCACUUCUUCAUAGAUUGCUCUCACUGUGCAGUUUGGAGAGCAGCUGUGGUUGUGUUUCUAGAGGGCUAUGAGUUGGUUUGGAUAUUUGUUCCCAGCAUUUAACAGCAACUGAUUCUACUAGUCUUCUGCUGCAACAUCUGAUACAAUUAAAUAAUUCAAUUAUUACAACCGUGUACUGAUCUACGCUAACCUUUCACCUGUGAUUGUAACAGUAGUUUAGAUAGAAUGUGUGACUAAUAUCUCCUUUCAGUUGUAUUAAUGUACAAAAAGCAGUAAUACAUUAACGUUUAUGAUCAGGAGCUAAAGAAGAGAGAAAAGCACAGUGUUGAGAGAACUAUGAGUAUAGCUGGAGUUUUUUCUGGAUGUUUCUUUCUGCAGAGGAAUCUACGCUGAUAAUAACAGCUGUCAAAGCUCUGGUUGUGCCUGUAGUUCUCUCCUAUGCUUACAUCGCCUUCCUUUGGCUCCUGAAAAAAGAUGUUAAUACAGGACACAUAUUUCUCAGUGCUAUGGUUCUUUUGAAUAAAUGAAGGUCUCUUAGCAUGAAGGUAGCACAGCCAGUUUAUUCUAUGGGGUUCUUUUCCCAUAAAGUUUUGACUAAAUUCAAAUUUAUGCAUCACCGUUCUGACCCAGAGCUCUCCAGACACUGUCAUGUGCAGUGGGCUCCUUUCAUUGAAGUGUAUGGAGACAUCCUUGUGGAUCCACAUACAUAACUGGUCUUGCCAUAGAUCCUGCCCACUCACUGCUCUUUUGCAGGAAGCCAAAUUUUUGCACUGUUCCUGUUUGGGAGGCUAGAUUUUCCCUGGGGCAGGCAGUUCCUUACCCCAGUGCACCCCAGAGGAGGGGGUGGGGAAACUGUGGCCUCAAGAUGUUGCUGGACUACAAUUCCCAGCAUAGCUGGGACCGAGGGUAUUUGGAGUCCCACAACAUGUAGAGAACCACAGGUUAGUCACCGUGGAUUAGAGAUGGCCCAGUCACAAAGAGUUUAUGGGUCAUGGUUAAUCUAUUGAGAGAUAUUCCUGGCACUUGGACUUUCUUUAUACCCAUAGAAUAAAAUGUUCUUAUUUGACUAACAACUAACAUUUAACAUUUUAGUUUGCUGCAUCCAGAGUUAAAGUUUAUACCCUCUUAAGGUAGCCCCUAAUACAACAUGUUUUAAUCAUGAUGUUUGCUUAUCAGUAAAUACUGGAGAGACGGAAGUGGGAUUCUUACCAACAUUUGGGCCUUGUUAUCUAAACCUUUAUGGAAGUCCAAGAGAAUAUACUGGAUUCCCAGAUCCGUAUGAUGAUCUAAAUUCUGGAAAGGUUUGUUUAUCUUUUGGAAUAUCUCUUAGUCAAAAUAUCUGCUUUUUGCUGUUCUCUUGCUUCCACACAAUGGCAGGAGAAAGAAUGUUGGCAGGGAGUUGAGAAUAUAGUGUUAUAACUCCUUCACCAGUUGUCCUUUCAAACACUCCAUCACAUGUAUAAAAUAAUGUGUACCUUUUAAAAGGAUUUGAUGAUGUCAUUUUCAAGCAACAAUAGUACCGAUUCUCAAAACACAGUUUGUAGUCUUCAAACAUAACGUGCAAAUUGUAUUGGUGCUAAAAAUAAAAUAUUGUUAUUUCUCUGGUACCAAAAAUCACUGUGGCCCUUUGUAACAUGCACAUCUUGCAAAGUCUAGUCCAUCUAUGGGCCCUAGGCAUGCAGAAACAGGAUUGGGAGAUUCUCACACAAAUUGCUGCUUGCCUCUCUCCCCAGCAGCUAAGAUUGUGCGUGCUUAGGUCUGUAAAGGAAGCUGGAAUUGCAUCAAUCAACUGUUUGGAAGGCACGAAAACAGCCUGGAUUCAAUCUUCCCACCCCUUCCUGCCAAGCGGCUAAUUGGCCCGAUUCCAGCUGCCUCAAAAGAAGUGGUUCUGUUUUACUUACUUUAAUAACCUUAUUGCUUUUAACUGAGCUUAUUUGUAACCACCCAGGGAUCUUCAAAUGAUGUAAUCAAACAAAUAAACAAAUAAGCUCAAGAUCAAUAUUAUAAAAUUGUAUCCAAUGACCCGUGUUUAUUAGUUUCAGUAGAAAAACUGGGAUUGUUGACUUAAAUUAUGUCGGGGGGGGAAGCCUAUUUUAUUGUGAGAUGUGAUAAAGCAUGCAAAUUGGAGGGUGCAGAUGAUACUCACAGUUUUAAAGAAUAUACUAGCUUUGCAGCUUACAUACUAUAGAUUGAAGUAUCGCGUUUGUGUUUCAGGGAGAGGGGGUAUCUUACAGAGGCCGGAUCCUGGUUGAACUAACCACACUGCUUGACAGCAAACCCCUUUCUAAAAAGAUUGAAAUGAUACCCAGUGAUGAUGUACUAGUGGUUGAGGUAAGUGCUGUUUUGUUCCCCAGUAUGUGAAAUAUGAAAUAUUUCAAUCUUGCUCCUUUUGGGCAAGGCCCACCACACAAUCAGAGGUCCUUGAUCUCAUAGGGUGGUUAGGCAAAUCACACCCCUAGACAUAUCUUUGGAGUGGGCAGAAAAGAAUACUAUGCCUCCUUUUGCAUUUAUUUUCCACAUAAAUGGUACCUAGGGUUACAGACGCUUCAGGUUAUGCGUUUUCGGGUUGCGCACCAUGCCGAACCCGGAAGUGCCGGAACAGGUUACUUCCAGGUUUCAAUGCUCACGCAUGUGCAGAAUCGCGACCCGCGCAUGCGCAGAUGCGGAGCUGCGGGUUGCGAACGCUGCGGGUUGCGAACGUGCCUCCCGCAUGGAUCAGGUUCGCAACCCGAGGUUCCACUGUAUUGGUAGCCAGCAAAUCAUUUAAAAUGUGUGGUUUCGUUUGACAUUUAAUGUUUCUCCACACUGGUAAAUGUAUGUGUGUGUGCCUAUAUGUAUUUUAGGUGGGGUUUUGCUUCAAAAAUUAAACCACUGUUUGUUGAACCACUGUUCUUGUUUGAACCUACAGAAAUAUCAGCGGAGAAGAAAGUACAGCCUCAGCGCCGUGUUCCAUUCUGCCACCAUGUUGCAAGAUAUUGGCGAAGCCAUCCAAUUUGAAGUCAGCAUAGGGAACUAUGGCAAUAAAUUUGAUACCACCUGCAAACCGCUGGCAUCAACAACUCAGUACAGUCGGGCUGUAUUUGAUGGUGCGUAUUACUGCGGACGCGGGUGGCGCUGUGGGUAAAACCUCAGCGCCUAGGACUUGCCGAUCGCCAGGUCGGUGGUUCGAAUCCCCGCGGCGGGGUGAUCUCCCAUCUUUCGGUCCCAGCUCCUGCCCACCUAGCAGUUCGAAAGCACCUCCGGGUGCAAGUAGAUAAAUAGGGACCGCUUACCAGCGGGAAGGUAAACGGCGUUCCGUGUGCUGCGCUGGCUCGCCAGAUGCAGCUUGUCACGCUGGCCACGUGACCCGGAAGUGUCUGCUGACAGCGCUGGCCCCCGGCCUCUUAAGUGAGAUGGGCGCACAACCCUCGAGUCGGACACGACUGGCCCGUACGGGCAGGGGUACCUUUAUUACUGCUACACAAAGCUAGCAAUAAAGACAUAUUUGGGUGGGUGGGGGCUGUAACUUUUAAAUCUGUACUUAUGAUUAGGUAGAGCAAGGCAGAUUUUGGGUGCCAUUGUAGGGCAUCAGGUUAUUAGUUAUUUAUUUUUAGAUAUGUAUAUAUCUAAUAACCUGAGAUAUUCAUUUGCAUUUUCUGCUUUAGGCAGAAAAAUAGCUUGCCCAAUCUUGGUUGAAAUAAUGUGAAUAAAGAUUGUUGAAAUCCAACAGGUAUAUUGUAUAUAUUUUUGUAAGAGGACAUAUUCCCCCAAAUAAUGUGCCUAUUUCACUCCAGGAAACUUCUAUUACUACCUGCCAUGGGCAAACACGAAGCCAGUGGUGACACUUACUUCAUAUUGGGAGGAUAUAAGUCAUAGACUGGACCCUUUGAACCUUCUUCUUGCCAUAGUGGAAAAACUGGUAAGUUAAUCACAACUGUUUCUCUUUCCCAUAAUUCAUAUAUACAACAUUGUUGUGGCUGUAUAUAAAAUAAGUAAGUAAGUUAUAAAGCUUCUUCUUGGAUUUGUAUUCUUGCAUUCAGCAAUGUAAUCAAAACUGUGGUAGAAAGUGGGCUUCUGGUUUCACAGCAGGCAGAAUUUCAGUCUCGUCCAGUGAAAAAUGCAAGAAACGUUGUUGUUUUUUGUGUUGUAAGCUGCAUAAAAUACAGCUGCAAGGCUGUUAACUGGGCCUGGACAUUAUGAACAUGUUAUGCUGGUGCUUCAUACGUUGCACUGGUUCCUGGUCCAUUUCCAGGCCCAAUUCAGAGAGCUGGUUCAUGACUUUUAAGUCCAUUACAGCAUGGAAUGAGGGCACUCAAAGGAUCACUUUUCUCCACAUAUGGCAGUGUAUUAACAGGCAUAUGCUGGGACUGUUGAUCUGAUAAGAACAUCAUCACAAGCCAUUUUCCAGGUGUCCCCAUUAUCUGAGGUGCAGUGAGCAGGUACCUGGGUAAGGUCCUUCUGGAAAGUGGCUCCCCAUUUGUGGAAUUCUCUCUCUUGGGAGGCUUGCCUGGCACGUGCCAUGAGGUCAGCUGAAUAACUCUCCCCGCCCCCAAUACCUUUAAUACAAGUUUUUAACCUUCCUGAAAGUUUUAAAGAAAUUAUCAAUGUGGACUUCUCCACAAUUUUCCUACAGCAAUAACAAUUAUAACAACAGUCACAGCAGUAUAAAUUCUUAUACCAGCAUGAAAACAGAACAAAACCAUGCCAAAGGUAUUUGGUAUAGUUUUAAUGUGUAUUUUGUGAACCACUCUGGUAUUAUGAAUAUGGUAUAUGAGUAUUUGAAAAUGAAAAUAAGUAACAAAUGAGGCUUAGGUUAGUCACAAUGGCUGGCUUAAGCCCCAUUAAUUUCAGUGGGUCAGCUCUGAAUAUGUCUAAAUCUGGAUCCGACUGUGUGCUUUACAAAUAGUUUUCUGUAACACCGAUGAGAGAAUCUCACUGGGGGAAAAGGUUGCAAAUGAGUAGCACAUAUGGACUUACCCAACUCUUUAAAUCCAUAGCAAACAAACCUGACAGCCUUAAAAUCAGGAAUACAAGCAAAGGUUUCGGAAAACCAGUUGACUGAAACGUGGCUGAAGCUAAUAGAUGAGCUUAUGGAGGACCUGAGGUAAGUUGCUCUGUAUCUUCCCUCUUCACAACUGCCCAGAAAUUCAGUACAGAGAUUGGUUCCUUCUGCUUAAGAAGUGCCCCAGUUCCUCAGGGAGGAAGCAAAACUCCUGAGCCAGAGUCUCUUUGGGUCCAUGGUGCCUUACACACCAAUGUUUGUGAUGCUAUUUUAAAAACUGACUUCAGGUUUCACAGCCGUUCCCACAAACUGUUGGUUGAUUGGUAUGUUUGUUACUAAGAAAGCCUACUCAUUUCUUCUUUCAGCAAGGAAUUCCCAAGCCAGCAAGGCAAACACAAUGUCACGGUCCUCGAUACACAGAUCUACAAACUGCGGGAGAAAUCAAUCAGACAGAUUCAGGAGGCAGCUCUGAAAAUGAGGAGCGAAGCCACAGAUAUCAAGGCCACACUGACAGAAAUUGAGGAUUGGCUGGAAAAAUUAAUACUGCUAUCUGAAGAGGUUGUUCUCUCUGUAUUGAUAAUGGGCUAACUUUUUCUUUCUUCUGAGGGUCGCAAGCUAGCGGUGGGUAUUGCUAGUACACAAACAGACAGACAGGCACAUAGAGGCCACAUACUUAUCACUCAUACAGGCAGGAGGGGGACAGGCUCCAGCAGGCAAGCAGAAGCAAACUCGCACAUUCAGGCAGGCAGGCAGACCAGCAGUGCCCAGUGUUUCUGCUCCCCACUACAGUGCUAGUUUCAAUAUUGUAUCAUGGAGAAAAACUGAAGCAUUUUUGCCUCCCACAUCAGCACUCUUGUCCUACCCCAGCACUAUAAUAGGGAGGACGCACAAAGCUUUUCCAAGGUCUUCUUACCUUGCAAAUGUGCCUCUUCACCCUCUGAUCAGGAGUUACUGCAAGAAGUAAAUCAAGAAAAAAGGAAGGAGUCAUAGGCAAUGCCAAACCAUAGUUAAAACAAACCAAGGUUUGUAAGUAAACAACAAGCCAUGAUGUCUUGUUAGUAAGCAAACCACAGUCAAAGGGCUGGUCAGGGUUUAGACGGCCCAACAAACCGUGAAUUGACAAACCGUAAUUUAUUAAACCAUGGUUUAGCAUUACAUGAAAACUAGGCCAUACUGUGGUCACCUUUAGAGGAUCUGCGUGAGACACCUGGUAUUUGAGAUGUGACUAGUUGUGACAGGAAAGAGACUUUUUGGAGGUGGUAGCUGCUUGUGGAAUUGCAUUCCCAGGGCAACUUACCAGAAGAAUAACAGUGUAGAUACAAGGUAUUCUGUGACUCAGGUGUCACGGUCUUGAAAUAAAAGCAUUACAUUCUCCAUAUUCUAUUCCCAUUUAGCAUAUGGUUGUGCUGAAGACAGAAACUCUUGUGUAUUAGAAUGUUUUUGCCUGUUGUUUUACAUGUUUAAUACAGCCACCCACGUUAGAGACCUGGGAUUGGUUGUAACUUCCUUUUGAGUGCACACUCAAUAACAAACUUGGCCAAUAUAUGAAACAUACCAGAAUGCCUGCUGGCCUGCCAUAUCUUUUUGUUACUGUAUAAUGUGAUAUAAUUCUUUAUAGCAAAUUAUCUGUCGUGCCUUCCCCCUCCCCCUUAAAUGUGAGUCUACAAAUGCUUUUAAUAGGAAAUAAUAUUGUUUUACACAAACUUUGUCUCAUUUCCCCUCUCAUUGCAAAACAACAGCCACAGAACAGCAUGCCUGACGUGAUCGUUUGGAUGAUUCGGGGGGAGAAGAGGCUUGCCUACGCUCGCAUUCCUGCCCACGAGGUUUUAUAUUCCACAAUUCCUGGGGCAUCUGGGAAAUUUUGUGGGAAGUCCCGGACCGUCUUCUUAAAGGUAACCUAAGCCAAACACUUGUCUGCCCAACAUGGUUAGGUCUCCAGUGCUUCUUCAAAUCUGUGGCCUGGAGAGCAGUCCUUUUCAGAGUCAGCUUGGUACAGAAUGCCACUACUGGAAAUACAGUAGUCCUGGCAGAGAUGCUUGAAAGCAUAACACUGAAAUAAAUUUAUGCUUUCCAUGUACAUGCACACAAACUGUGUACGGAUCUAUUUCCUCUUAAUUUGCAAUAACCAAAUGGAUUGUGAUAAAUAAAAUAAAUAAACAGAGGCUUCAGAGUCCAAAGGCUCUCAUCUAUCAAGGAAGGGGCCUGCUUGUGUCUCCUCUGUGUGUUCUCACCAGUGGUGGGCAGGAGGCAGAGGCAGUUGCAUUCUGCCGGUGGCAGAAAUCCUGUGCUCAUUGGGACAGGGUGCUGAAGAAUUGAUGCUUUUGAAUUAUGGUGCUGGAGGAGACUCUUGAGAGUCCCAUGGACUGCAAGAAGAUCAAACCUCUCCAUUCUUAAGGAAAUCAGCCCUGAGUGCUCACUGGAAGGACAGGUACUGAAGCUGAGGCUCCAAUACUUUGGCCACCUCAUGAGAAGAGAAGACUCCCUGGAAAAGACCCUGAUGUUGGGAAAGAUGGAGGGCACAAGGAGAAGGGGACGACAGAGGACAAGAUGGUUGGACAGUGUUCUCGAAGCUACCAGCAUGAGUUUGACCAAACUGCGGGAGGCAGUGGAAGACAGGAGUGCCUGGCGUGCUCUGGUCCAUGGGGUCAUGGAGAGUCGGACACAACUAAAUGACUAAACAACAAACUGAGGUCGGAGGACUUCAGGGCUGCCACCGACCUGGAGCUUUCCCAAGCUCUGUCACCCCUGGUUUUGACUCCAGACAGUGACCAUUUUAGGUGCAUCCAAUUGAUGCACAAUCACCAGUGUGCAGGUCCUUUCGGACCCAGAGGACAGGGCGGGGUGGCUUAUGCACACUCCACCAUCUUUACACGGGGUCAAGAAUGAGACCCCCAUGCAAAACGGUCUCUGCCUAUAUUCAGGAGGACUGCCUUUUUCCAACCCGGCUUUGCUGAGGUGGGUAAACACACAGUGUCUUUGCCUCAGGUGGGACUUGAUGAUUCAGUCAGAGGGGGCCGUUGAAGUGGUUUGCCAGGUGAAACCUGUGCAGCAUGGCAAAAUAGAGGAAAGGGGCUUCCUGCCUUUAGCUUCCAUCACUGGGAAAGACGGUUGUAGACGUGCAUGUGUAUAAGACAGCCACUGCCAGUGCUGUGCAAACAACGGUUGCUGAGUCCUGUUUAGGCAAGUUUUUGAUGUUUGACGUUUUAUCGUGUUUUUAAUAUUCUGUUGGGAGCUGCCCAGAGUGGCUGGGGAGGCCCGGCCAGAUGGGCAGGGUAUAAGUAAUAAAUUGUUGUUGUUAGUCAUCCUGGCAUGGGGACAGGCUGCCAAUGUCAUUAGGGUCAGUGGCCAUAUGCUUGCAUGGUCGUGUGCAUCACUCACCACCUCCCCAUGCUAAACAGUAAGGUCAGAAAAGCUCCUAUCCUUCUGGCACCAUGUUGUGCCUCAUUAACUGGCACUGCCUUCAUUCAUUCCUAUCUUCUCUCAUGAAGACUGCCUGCUGUAGCUCUGCACAGAGUCACAGAAUAGGCUUAUCUGUUCCAACCUCCUGCCCGGUGCAGGAAAUCCAGAGCUGGGGCAUCCCCACAUAUGGCUGCCCACCUUUGUGUGAGUCAUUUCUUUGGAGGUUGACCUCUUGUAGUCAGGGCUCCCUCUCAGAAAAGCAACCCACUUGGAUACACGAGGUGUGGCUCCUCUGAAAGGGCCUUUUUACACUCCACAUUCUAAAAGUCCAGGGUAAGAUUAAAGCGUGCCUACAAUUGUAAUUUGGAGAGGGGGAAAUGCUUCUCUGCUAUCUGUAGUGGUGGAUACAUUCAUGCAAACAUCACAUCACACAACUGCUUUUCAGACCACUUAUGGUGAGGAAAUACUAACGAUUGGUACUGCCAAGUUCUCAGAAAUAGGCAGGAGUAAACACAUUGUUAGAUAAGAGCCAAGAACGGAAUAACAGGAAAAGAAUUAACAAUCUGGCUGUGAUUGUCUCCUAAUUGUAGGGAAACUGCUCUAUUUUAAAGUUGGUUUGGGGACACUGCUGAAUUUUCAACACCUUAAGUUUUCCUACCAUUAUGAAGUAACCUCUGGCACAGGAAAAUGUUGGCCAGGAACAUACAUGCCAAUAAGCUGUCACUGGGGCACAGGCUACAAAUAUUUCUAUUGUAUAUCUUUUGUUAGUCCUUCUGACACAUCGGAAAGUAACCGCUUUUGUGUAUGUGUGUGUUUUGUUUAGUAUCCACAGGACAAAAACAACGGCAACAAAAUACCCGCACAGUUGCGAAUUAGUUUUUGGCUUGGCUUGAGUGCAGUAGAAAAGAAGUUUAAUAGCUUCGCAGAAGGAACAUUUAGCGUCUUUGCUGAAAUGGUAUGUGCAGUAAAGAUUACUAUUUAAGAUAAGGUCCCAGGGAUUUGAAUUUAUUUAUUUAUUUAUCUAUUGCAUCUUCCCCAAAGAAUUGUAAUGGUACAGUCCACCAGGAAGUUCUCCUGCACAAGCACCAUUGAAAUGAAUGGGAGUCAUGCAAAAAGCGCACCCAUUUCAAUUGUGCUGGUGCAGCUCCCACUCAUUUCACAGGUGUGUGCAGAGGAGAGCGUCCCAAGGGUUUGUGCCCUAAGAUGCCAGAUCAGAUGUACAUGAGAACCUUUGCCCCAGCAGUCCCGUCAAAGAGAAGAGACUUUUGUAUCACUUUUAUCAUCUGUGGUUCCUUUGGUGCUGUAAUUGGCAUUGUGGGUAUAUCGCCUCUUUUCAGACUAUUUUAAAGGCACUCUCUCAAAAUUUCAAAUGUGCCAAAAAAUGUUAGCCUGGUGUAGGCAGUGCUGCCCCAGAGGAAUCAGUUGUCUAACUGAGCAGAAGGCUUCGUAUACUGUUCAUAUAUACAUAUACCCGGUAUAUAUAUUCAGGGAGAUAGAUAUUUAAUUUAUAAAACUUUUUUCUGCAGUCUGUGCAGUUGCUUUAUUUUUUAUUUUAUUUUACUUUCUCGACAGUAUGAAAACCAGGCACUUAUGUUUGGGAAGUGGGGAACUUCCGGACUCGUUGGCCGCCACAAGUUUUCCGAUGUCACAGGAAAAAUAAAACUGAAAAGAGAGUACUUUCUGCCUCCCAAAGGAUGGGACUGGAAAGACGACUGGUUCAUUGAUCCUGAAAGAAAGUCAGUUUUUUGUUUGCAUUCCUCUAAAAUAAGACAAAGGGAGAGGCUUAUGUAAUUUCCCACUAAGGAAAUUUCAAAACUCUUGCGAAAAGAGAGGGAGGCAAUAAAAUGCCAAGUUUCAGUACAAAACAGCUCCAUUAGGAACUCCCAAGUGAAGAUGUUUAUAGUUGUCAUGAGUAACAGUGGAGUCAGUCCUGUCUUUGGAUAUGUCCAUGCUGCUGGUAAUUUCGUUAAUAUAACUUUACUGACAUCUUUGGGGAAGCAAGGCAGUCUGUGCUACAUUACAGGAUGUGUCACUAUUUUAUAGCCCAUUUAAAAAAAGAGGAACAGCAUUUUAACAAGCUUUUACACAGUUAGUCUGGACAGAUGUUUCAUACUUCCUGGUUGUGUCCCACCCUUCCUCUUUAAACAAAGUGUAAAGCACACUCAAACUAUGCUCCAUACCAGGCAUAGGCAAACUUGGCCCUCCAAAUGUUUUGGGACUACAACUCCCAUGAUGCCUAGCUAACAGGACCAGUGGUCAGGGAUGAUGGGAAUUGUAGUCCCCAAACAUCUGGAGGGCCAAGUUUGCCUAUGCCUGCUCCAUACAGAAUACAUGCUUGUCUGACGCAGUGGUUCCUCAUCAGGUUGGAAGUAGCUUUGAUAUGCGAGGCUUUCUCAAUGACCUUGUGGUAAUCAAGCUCUAAUUAGUGCUUGGAGCAAAAUAUUUAUUAAUAAUAUCCCACUCCCCGAAUUUCAAGGAGAUCAUCGUUCCUCUAUUUUAUGCUCACAACUACCCUGCAAAUUGGAUUAGGAAUGGCGACUAGCCUAAGAUGACCUGGUGAUACUCUGUGGCUGAGCAGGGAUUUGAACCUCUGAGGCGUAAAGAAUAAAUCUUCUGUAAUAAACCAUUGGGGACGCGAGUGGCACUGUGGGUUAAACCACAGAGCCUAGGACUUGCUGAUCAGAAGGUCGGCAGUUUGAAUCCCCGCAACUGGGUGAGCUCCCGUUGCUCGGUCCCUGCUCCUGCCAACCUAGCAGUUCAAAAGCACGUCAAAGUGCAAGUAGAUAAAUAGGUACCGCUCCAGUAGGAAGGUAAACAGCGUUUCCGUGCGCUGCUCUGGUUCACCAGAAGUGGCUUAGUCAUGCUGGCCACAUGACCCGGAAGCUGUACGCCGGCUCCCUCGGCCAGUAAAUCGAGAUGAGCGCCGCAACCCCAGAGUCAGCCACGACUGGACCUAAUGGUCAGGGGUCCCUUUACCUUUACCUAAUAAAUCAUUAUGAGGAUGGUGGCGAUUGGAAUGCAAGAUUACAGCCUUAAGAUGCUUUCCGCAUCUGAGGUAAAAUUUGCUCCAAUCCAAUUCGUAGCAGAAUUUGGAAAAUCUAUGCUGUCCGGAAUGUUCAUUCGCAUUGAAGUGCCUCUCAAAUGCUAUUUCAAAGGAAAGGGAAGCCUCACGGAAAGACAGGUUGAGGUAAUACGAAGCAGCCUUUCAAUGGGCGGAAAAUAAUCUACAAACUGUAUUUUGGCCAACAGAUGGCAGUAUAGAACAGUUGUAGGCUCUUUUUGAUCCCCGCUAUAAAUAGCUGAGUAUCUUUGGUAUGAGGUGUUUUCCUCUGUUGUAGUAGUAUUUUUUAUAACAUUGCAUAUAUGUGUUUAUUUUGUGUGUGUUUUUUAAAGGCAUAUAUUAAUAAGAGUGUGCUACAUCAGCGAUAAUGUCCUUUAUGGAAUAAUGUGAUCCACUGUACCAUGGAAGAAACAGUUUACAGUCCUGGCUGCAGAUCAUUUAUAGCUCAUUGUAAAUUCAGUGCCACAAAUGAUUCCUGGCAGCCUGCUUAAUUGCCUUCUUCCUCCAUUUCUUUAUCUAGACGAUGCCUAGGAGACAGGAAAGGAAUAAUAGUUUCCAGAUUGCAACUAUGCAUUUCAGCACUUUGGAAUAGCUUCGUGAUUUCAAAAUAUUUAAAAAUGUUGCCACUGAUUCCUACCUAGUGAGACUAUUCACAAACUGCCAACGUGGUUUGGACCAAGUCCAGCCAUGCAGAGAAACAUCCUUUCCCCCCAAAUAAAGUCUUUACCGGAGUGGUUAGCAUUGGCCCGGGUCACAUUGGCAGCCCCAAUCAGCUAACACCCUUAGGUAGACUCCAGCACAGUCCACUUUCUCCAUGACUGCCACCCUGGUAAACUGUGGACCUGACUAUAUGUUGUGUUAAUUGUUGUGCUUAGCAAUUAGCUGUGCUGCAACUAACAAUAGAAAAUCCUAAUACAGAUUCCACAGACACCCUAUGCUAAUUGCAGCAUGAGGGCUUGUUUCCAGUGGGAUCAUAGCUGAGAAGGUAAGGAUUAAACCUCCCCUCCUCACCACAUGCUGUGGUCCCAAUAAAAAUUGGGAUUAUUAUUAUUAUUAUUUAAAAUACCCGGAUGUGGCCUACAAGGGUGUUAGAUCUCCUCUAACACAGUCCAAUGGAUCAAGACUGUAAAAUGAAAAAACUACGUAUGUUAGGGUUUUCAUUGGCUACAAACGAAGGAGAAAUUUGAUUCAAUAUGCAAUUAAAACUGAAUCUGUCAAACCCCCACUUUCUGAAACACACAUAUGCACACACAUCCAACCUCUGCACUACAGUUCUCCAACUAACCAGUGUUUACAAAAAUGCAGAUAUUGGAGGAAAAUGUGCAUAAAAAUAAAGAUAUGUGUGAAAAUGCCGUACACAAUGCAUUAUAUAAGGGGAAAGUGCUUGCAAAAGAGCAUACGUUAGACAAAGUGCAUUUUAAAAGGUGUUUCUCAGGAGAAAUUCACACUAAAAUGUUGAACAAGAAAAUUGCAAAUUGCUGCCAAAUGUAGGGAACUGAAUUUAGGACUAGAAAAAAAUACGAGAAAAUGGGAGAACCAAAAUUAUUAUUUAUUACUAUUCAUUAAGUUUGGAUACAGCCCUUCAUACACAGAUCUCAGGGUGGUUCACAACAUAAAAAAUAAAAACACAAAAUACACAAUAAAAACAAGAACACACAAACCAGUAAGUCCCCCCCACACCUUUAAUUGGCAGAUCCUUCCAUUCCUAGCUGCAAAUAUGCUCUUAACUAUGAUAAGCCACCAUGAGUAGGCCACAAGAGCACAUGCUGCCUUUUGCUCCCUUCCUGGAAACAAUUUUUGCCUCUCUGCAUUAACCUGUAAGCAUUUCAUUGGCAGCAAUGUUGACUGCAGUCAGAGCUAUGUAAAAGUUCUCACUUAAUCAGGGUGUCAAACUGGCUUCAAAUCCUGGCAGCUGGAAGAAAAAUUAAAAGGUCUGAUCACAUGGCACUUACCCACAUGGGACCACGUGGCUUGUUUGAACGUUCUUCUAGCUCUGUGGCAGCUGCUCAUGGAUAAGUGGUUCCUAAGUGGUUGUGGGACUCUGGGAAAUGGAUCUGGCAGAUAGGUCAGAUCCUGAAUUCCCGAACCCCAGUGAGUCACUUUGACAGGUGGGCACAGCAUGAUUCUGUCAGUGCAAUGUGUCCAGUGAACGUCUUUUGGCACCUAACAAUAGUUGGAAGGUCUGCUUCUGGUUUCACAGCUUGCUGACGGAAGCAGAUGCUGGUCACACUGAGUUUGCUGAUGAAGUGUAUCAAAAUGAAAGCCGCUAUCCUGGAGGAGAAUGGAAAGCAGCUGAAGACGCUUUUACAGAUGUGGUGAGGAUCACGCUUUUGAUGAGCCAAUGUGUUUAAUUUCAAUAACCUCUCUUUAGGUUACAGCUGCAAUGCAUGUAAGUUAAGGCAGCAAAAUAUACUUAAAAUCCAAAUUGCAGUAUAAAAACAGAAUAAAAAGGUAAAGGUACCCCUGCCCGUACGGGCCAGUCUUGCCAGACUCUAGGGUUGUGCGCUCAUCUCACUCUAUAGACCGGGAGCCAGUGCUGUCUGCAGACACUUCCGGGUCACGUGGCCAGCGUGACAAGCUGCAUCUGGCGAGCCAGCGCAGCACACGGAACGCCGUUUUACCUUCCCGCUGGUAAGCGGUCCCUAUUUAUCUACUUGCACCCAGGGGUGUUUUCGAACUGCUAGGUUGGUAGGCGCUGGGACCGAACGACGGGAGUGCACCCCGCCGCGGGGAUUUGAACCGCCGACCAUGCUAUCGGCAAGUCCUAGGCGCUGAGGUUUUACCCACAGCGCCACCCGCGUCCCUAAAAACAGAAUGCAUACCGCUAAAUUUAAAGCAGGCAAUGGAGUGAACUGAUCAUACAAAGUGGAAGUGGAAUUGCAAUUUCAUAGCAUCUUCCCACUUCCUACAGAGGACGGCAUCAUUUCAGUAAAACAGGUACAACCUUUUGAUCCACCAAACCAAAGCCAGCCUACUAAGCACCCAUCAGGGGCUCUAUAUAGUUUCUGUGUUAGAUUCAUGCCUGGGAUUGGAAUAACAGACAUUGCCAGCACCAGACAGGCCAAAAUUCAUGGCUGGUGUGCAGCAUUUGGCUUGGUGGGCCCCAAGUUGUGCAGGCCUAGAGUAAAAACAACAAGGCUACUUUUGAGGGUCAACUUUUGUUGAUCUCAUGCCUCCAAAACAACAAAAAGUCUUGUACCAUUUACAUUUAUUCCCACAUCAGUUUUUGUGGACGAGAUUUAAGUCUUAAAGGUUGUCCAAAAAUUUUGUUUUGAUUUUUGUGUGUGUGUGAAAUCCUAUUAAGUUUAGAUGUGUGUUAUGUGUAGUCAUUACUACUUUUUAAGUAUUGGUAUCACUGUCUUGGAGUGUGUAAGUGUGUGUUGCCUUUUCUGUUUCAAAGAAUGGAGAAAAAGCACCACCACCAGGUGAAAUGACCUGUCCUCCAGGCUGGAUGUGGGAGGAUGAUGCUUGGAUAUACGAUAUAAACCGAGCAGUGGAUGAAAAAGGUAAGGGUUAGAAUGGACAGAAUGCCUCUCGUGUCAGAUUCGUAAUCCGUGGGCUAGCACCAGGCAACUGUUUCUGCAUUCCAAAUUGUUCUUUGAACUUCUGUUCCUCAAAAUGUAGACCUCUACAUGCUGCAUGGCAAAAUCUGUUUAAAUUGGAGGAGAGUUGGCAUGAUGGCAUGGGGUGAAGUGCCAGCUAUUAGGGACAAAUCAGAAGUCCUGCAGUGUGACCCAUAGGCAUUCACAAACAUCAAUACAUCAAUGCACAUUUGGGCAUCAAUACACAUUUGGUUUUGCUUAUUCAGUAUGUACACCACUGUACCCCAAAGAAAUAAGUUACAUUAGUUUUUGUGUGAUUUUUAGUCUAAUCAAAAUAUUUAGAAAAACAGUAUAACCUCUAGGAAAUGUACAAGACACAGAUGAACUGAUGGGGGUAAAUGGUGAUUUUUUUUUCAUAGAAUUACACCAAGAAACUACACUAAGGUUAAGAAACAUGAUACAAUAAGUUAUUUGAAUAAUUAGGGGUAGUGAAUUAGUGUGGUUUGGCUUGUCAGAGCUACGAAUUUGAUAAAUCAGCUACCAUAUUGGUCACUGAGUCAAAAUCCUGUUAUGGUAACCAGUGUAUAUUUUAUCUGUGUUAUUUUAGCUUGGGAAUAUGGAAUUACCAUUCCCCCUGACGAUAAGCCCAAGUCGUGGGUUGCAGCAGAGAAAAUGUAUCAUACUCAUAGAAGAAGAAGGCUGGUUCGAAGACGCAGAAAAGAUCCAAACCAAACAGUUUCAUCAAGGGUAAAAUGGCUAAAUAUAAAUUGCAACCAAACAUUGGCAUUUACUAGAACGUUGUGCAUGUUUAUUUAGAAAAAUAAUGGUGUAUCAGAAAAUAAGGCAUGCAUUGAUUACAGAGUUCGUCAUUAACCCUACAUUCUGGCCAUUGUGGAUUGAGUUUUUGCAAUUGUCUUCUAGGCAACCACACCCUAUGAAGAUCAAGAAGGAUGGGAAUUUGCAUCACUGAUUGGAUGGAAAUUUCACUGGAAGCAGCGCAGUUCCGACACUUUCCGCCGCAGGCGGUGGAGGAGAGAAAUGAUUCCUUCUGACACAUGCGGUUCAUCGGCCAUCUUUAAGCUUGAAGGAGCUCUUGUAAGAAAGAGGAACUUAACUUGCUGGCUUGUUCAUGCUGCUUAACUUCAGCAUUAAUUAUUAUCUCAAAGUUAAAUGAGAAUCAUCAAGUGGAAUGGGCUGUAGCUCAGAGGUAGAACACCUGCUUUUCAAACAGAAGGGUCUGGGUUCAAUCCUUGGCUGGUAGGGCUGGAAGAGACCCCUUUGGAAAUCAUGGAGAGUCAGUGUCAGUUAGGGCUCACCCAGAAUUGCUCUUGCCCUGCCACUUUCCCCUGGGAAAACCCCAUCUUUACCACUGAUUUAAAGCAAAUGUCAAUUGUGUUUUCUCUGGAUUGAUGUUUGCUCCAAUUUGUUGUUAAAGAGUGAGUAGAGUAAGGGCAAAACUGUUCAUAAGCAGAAAAAUGCUCAGACUCGUACUUUCUAGGCACAGGACAAGUGCAAGUCUGGAUGAGCUCUCAGCGUAGAUAACCCUUUCCUUUCCUCUGCUCUUUCCAGGCACGGUCCGUGAUUUAGAGCCCCAUGUCCGAGUGCGCCACAAAAACCUGCUCUUUAAAGCUCAUCCAGAGCAAACAGCAGUCCGUGGAAAACCCAGAAUGACUUUGUUCUGAUUCAAAGAGCGGGUUUUCCCUGGGGGUGGGGGGAACCCUGCAAAAGGCUUGGAUAUUGAGCAUUACAGGACAGGCCUGUGCUUGGAAAGAGCAGGGUGAAAGGUAUGGCUAAGCCCUGAGUUAGAUAAAUCAAUGGUCUGACUUCAUGAGGCACAUUUCUAUAUUCCUGCAUUCUAAGUAGUACUUGAAGGUGACUAAGACUGUGUGGGAGAGUUUUCAGCAGAAUGCCAAAAUGCUGUAGAUGAGUCUGUCUGCUGUAGAGAGAAAAAGGAAUGCAACAGAGCUUGAAGUGUAUUUAUAUUUUACCAUAGCUGAUGGAAUAAUUGAAAGCAGUGUAUAAGGAGAGGCUGUAAAAUGCUGGAUUAUGUGAAGGCAAUUAAAUCAACUAAUGCUUUCAUCCGGCAGCUUGUAAUAGCAAUAUAGAAAGUUCAGCAUAAAGCAGGGCCUCCAGAAUCCUGUUUUUUGACGUUUUAAAGUACGAAUACUUACGAUCAUCCCAAGCUGUCUUCUCUCAGUCUUCUUCCUCCCAAACUACAUGUGGAGUUAAACAUGAGGCUUAACUUUUCAUCUUUCCAUGCAGUCUUUUGAUGAACUUUUAUCUAACAGCACUGACCUUGUAAGAAUGUAUUAAUAAUGGACAAUUAUGUCUAGGAGUGGUGGAAGGGAUCAAGGAAUAGAAAUUGCUUAUUUUUACUAUCUAUGAUCAUCAAUUGCCUGUAGAAGUGAAUUUCAGUCUCUCCCUUUCUUUGAAGUGUUCUGGGUAUGACUGGUUUAGGGUCCUGACAUUACUCUUUUGAACCCACAAUAGUGAAUAAACAUUAGUGUACUUUUUAAAACAGCAACUACAACUCCUUCCAGGAAUAUCUGAAUCAAUAACUGGGCUUUCCGUUCAAGUUUUAUAAAUGAGAAACAAUAAUAAUAUGCAUAUAAUCUUAGGGAGCAGAUACAAGCAUUGAUGAGGGAGAAAAAUCUUCUGAGAAGACCAAAGAGGCAGCAGCAACACGCAUAUUCGGUGCAAGCACUCCUAUAAUCUCUUGCAACUUUGACAGUAAGUUCGUGUGAAUUUCCUUAUUUGAGACUGUAUAUUUCUUUAAGGGGCUGCAAGACUUUUUGUUGUGCCUGCAUGACUAGUUUUCUAAAGGCCUUACCCUUUUCCUCAUCUGAUACAGCUUUCUCUGUGUGAUCAAAAUAUUAAUAACUAUUUUUGCCUCUCCAUGGAUCUCUCGUCCUUAACCACAACCUGUAACAAACCGGGACAAACCUUGGCUACAAAAUGUGGUGAAGAAGCAGAUACCUUAACCAUGAUUUUGGUUGCACAAUAGGCUAAACCAGUGAUUCUCAGACACCUUUUCCCUAUGGACCACUGGAAAAUUGCUGAGGGUCUUGGCAAACCACUUCAUGAUUUUUCUCUGUGUUGUAGCAAUUGCAAUGUGCUGUCCUAGCUGCUGGAUGAUUUUUAAUUCUACUGCUUCCUUAAUUUCUUAUAUGUUGUAUUUCAUUGCAUUACUAUUCAAAUUCCAGUGAACAAAUGAAAAACAAUGCAGUAUAUAGGAAAUUAAAGAAAUAAUAAAAAACGCAAUUAAAAAUCAAUGUUUUAAUGCAUUGGAUAUGUUAUCUCUCAUCUUCAACCACUUGAAUGAAGUUUGUGGACCACGAAAAUCAGGCAGGGUGGGGUGGGGGAAUGGCCAUGGAAAGCACACCAAGAGUCAAGUGAUGGGAAGAAGCAGAGAUGCUGAAGUUUAGAGCUGAAAAGGUGAAGUUGCUAUUUCAUUUACAGCCUUCUGAUUUAGCUUCUUUUUCUUUUUCUUUUUAAGGAGUCUACAGUUACCACCUUCGAUGUUAUAUCUAUCAAGCAAGAAAUCUAAUAGCUUUGGAUAAAGACAGCUUUUCAGGUACUUAGGCUGAGGUGGGGAUCUAUUAAAUCCAAAGGACACAUUUGUCUGCCAAAGCAAGUCCAUUCUUUUUUUUCUGCAGCAGUUAGAUUGAAAUGUUCAAGGCUUUGGGAGUUUCUCUUGAUUUUUUUUUCAUGUCCGCUCCCCAAUCCCAUUUUUUCUCCCUUAACCCUCUGAAAACCUGUCUCUUCAAAGAAUGUAUUUAACACCUUUUCUUAUUAACGACCAAAAAAAGUUAAAUGAAAUUAGAUCCCUUGUUAAGAGGUCAGUGAGGAUGGCCUCCAUCUAACAUUUUACAUUGCUCUGGGCACUGGGUAAUGACAAUUUGUACAGGAAAUGCUAAUACCCAUAAUCAGGUACCUUCUUCAGAGGCCCUGAUGGUUUAAAAGUCUUUCUAACAGGAGGCCUAGAGCUCUUUAAUCAUUCACCUCUGCUUCAUAAUAAGGCCAUAAAUAACUACGUUUUAGACUCAUGUCAGAUCUGUGUGUUCAGUUUGUGGGAUGUACUAUUUAAGUUGCAGGUGGAAUGACUCUCUUGUUCAUGUGUCCUUAGGUGUUGUACCUUAGAUACAAAGGUAUUAAAGAAUGGUUACCAUGCACAAGAGUAAUUUAUAUUGGAUUGUCUAAGUGUAUCUUAUCUACAACGGGGGUUGGCAGACACCCAGCUUGUCAGAUCAACUUUUGUUUGCCAAUUAUAGAAGAAAGAGAGAACGGGAAUGUAAAAGUCAGUCUUUUAAAAUGGAUCACUAUACCCAUAUCUGUUCUCCUGUGGUUUGUUAGAUCCGUAUGCUCAUGUUUCAUUCCUUCACCGAAGCAAAACAACCGAAACCAUCAGGUCAACAUUGAAUCCAACAUGGGAUCAAACUGUCAUAUUUGAUGAAAUUGAAAUCUAUGGAGAUCCCUACACGGUAGAACAAAACCCUCCUCAUGUGGUUGUUGAACUCUUUGACAGUGACCAAGUGGUAGGUAUCAUAUCAGCUUUUAUCCAGAUUUCCUCUUGAUUAUAUAAUGACAGCAGAUGGUUACAAAUUCACCAUUUUGGAUUCGUCCAUUUUUGCAGGGCAAAGAUGAGUUCCUUGGAAGAACCUCUUGCUGUCCUAUGGUCAAGCUCAACCCAGAUAUUGACAUCAGUCCGAAACUUCUCUGGUAUCCAGUUAUAAAUGGGGGCAAGGCUUGUGGAGAUGUGCUUUUAGCAGCUGAGCUUUUGCUGAGUGAAAAGGUAACAGAAAACAAAUAUAUUGAUUUCAGACUUAAAGCCACCUUGAUGAGAUGAUUGCUCUGUAUGACUUAGGCUUUAUAUGCAUUAAGAAACCCUUUUCUUUGUAUCUUUGAGCAGGGUGGAACCAACCUUCCAAUUCUUCCUUCAAAAAAAGCAUCAAACCUUUAUAUGGUGCCACAAGGAAUCAGACCUGUGGUUCAACGGACUGUUAUUGAGGUACUGUUGUUGUUACUUGAAAAUAGACAAUGAUGCACAGGUCCAUGCGCUUAAUAAGAUUCACUAUAAUUCAUAGAUACCUGCAUGUAUAAGGCCAGGUGCUAGCCAUGGCAAAACCUGAGAUAUUCAUAAGGCUGUGUGGAAACAACAGGUGCUGUUUUGGAUCAAGAAGCAUUAAAGUGUUCAGAAUGUUUUUGGGGACUAGGCUUUAUUUGUGCAAGCUUCUAUCCCAGGUUGAUGGCAACAGAUAAAGAUCCGUUCAUGGUAAACUGUCACCAGAUGUAUAGCCAAUGGAAUGCUUGAGAAAUGAGUUGGGAAGUUCCUUGUCCAAAUGUAAUCAAAGUCAUGAACUUAGCCUUCGGUUAGCAAAUGUCUCUCAGCCCUGCAUAUGUGAUGUGGGUAUGACAGUACCAGCUUAUCUUACAGGGCUGCAAUGAGAUCCCAUGAGUGAUGGACACUGAGUGCUUACAAAAAGUGUUGCAUAAAUGCUGACAUUUAUACAAUGUAUUUGAAUUAAUAAACAAUGUAGUCUUACCAUUGUGGGUCCUCUACUUCCUUGAACCCAGCCCCAGCACACUGUUCAUUAUACAAAUGGGAGGGGAUGAGUUCUGCCCCCCAUUUCCUUACAUUGGGCAGGUGUGAGUUCUAUAUGGUGGUCACAAGCAGAUGUGACAAUAUGCCAUAAAGUAUGGCUUGUUUAAGCACUGUAUGCACCAAGCUCUGUGUAAGUGCAUGCAGCUGAGAACAUUCCCAGUGAUAUAAAUCUGUAACUUGUGGUUUAAAUGAGUGGCAAAAAAUGGAGAUUUAAUCAUUGAACUGUUUUGAGGUGGUCUCAUGACUGCUUCUCGGGUUUCUAAGUGUGCUCCCAGGUCUGAUAAGGUUGGAGACCCAGGCAACAGAGCAUGUUUUCCUUUAGCAACGUUGACGGUGUUUGCUUUGUUUUUUGUUUGAAACAGAUCCUUGCCUGGGGACUGCGCAACAUGAAAAGCUACCAAAUGGCUUCUGUUACUUCCCCUAGUCUCAUUAUAGAGUGUGGAGGUGAAAUGAUAGAAUCUGUUGUGAUUAAAAACCUGAAGAAGACACCAAAUUUUCCCGGAUCUGUUCUCUGCAUGACAGUGGUAUGCUGCUGAAUUCUCUUUUAUUGAAGAUCUGUAGCACACUUGUGGUGCUGGUAAAGGGGGAAAUUUGAAUUAGUAUGCUCAUAUUACAGCAAUAGCAGUGGAUAUCGGGUAGCCUGAGGCGUUUUGGCACCUGAGGCUAAACAGCCUGCUGUCAUCCCCACGAUGGGAGUGCAAAUAAAAAUAAAUAAAUAAUAACAACAACAAUAAUAAUAUAUUUAUACCCCGCCCAUCUGGCUGGGCCUCCCCAGCCACUCUGGGCGGCUUCCAACAAAAUAUUAAAAUACAGUAAUGCAUCAAACAUUAAAAGCUUCCCUAAAUAGGGCUGCCUUCAGAUGUCUUCUAAAAAUCUGGUAGUUGUUGUUCUCUUUGACAUAAUUCCAUAAGGAGUCUUCCCUGAUGGAUGGAUAGGGGGGAGAGUCUUUCUGGGUCCCCCCUCCUGCCUGCCAGUGAGCCUUUGAAUCCGUUCCUUCAGGAUAAGCUCGUGCAAAACCCCACCACACCACCAAGCGGGGAAGAUCUUUCCCCCCACGCCCGGCAGCAAAGCUGGAUGGCGGAACACAUCCCCUCUUGCUGACUCAGGCUUUGCCGCCAGUCCCUCUCUGUCCCUAGAGGCCAGGGAAACCAGUGGCAAAGCUGGGUGGCAGAACGAGGUGACACAUUUUCAGGAGUGCCGCCUGAGGCAAACGCAUCACCCAACCUCAUGAAGGGGGGCUGCUCUGAUUGAGUAAAUGAACCCACCCUGGAAAUUACCUUUGAGGUAAUUUAAAUAUUUCUAGAGAGUCCUGUGUGCAGCAAAGCACUGUGUAAAGCCGUUGUUGCACAUGGAUGGCCAUGCUCAGUGGCACUGACGUUAGAUGUGGAUGUAUAUUUGCAUGCCCAUCCAGGGAAGGGCUGUGUAAGAGGGUGGGAAACUCACGUAGCACAGAUAGCACUUGCAUGCCCGUGCAUGUGCAUUCAUGCCUACUGCAAGAAUGCUUCACUUUUUGCCCAGUGGAUUUCCCAUCCAUUCUUGAUUACAACUCACAAACUGGCUGUUAGUUGCUCCCAAGCUAGAUUCAAGGUUAUACUACGGGUGUAUAAAGCUCUCUCUUGUGGGUGCCUUCAAGUAAAAAAAAAAUGAAACUAUUCCAUUAUCCAGUCCAGGAGCCCAACUGAAAGGGAAGCACUCAGGGGUAGAGUUUGAAUGGAAAUAAGUUUUGGGUGUGAGGAAGUUUAGCAUCCCCAUCCAGGCAUCCCUUUUGCUCUUAAAGUUGGCCCACCCACAUUCCGCUUUAGUACAGACCUACAUACAUUUAAGAGUUGCCAGAAUCAGGGCAGGUUGUACAGCUCAUUCGAAAGCAAAGGAAUCCUGUGAGGUGUGUAUUUGUUUUAAGUCAAGGAACUGUGUUCUGUUUUUUUGUUUUGAACUAGUCGCUGCCCAAAGAGGAAUUGUACACGCCAUCACUAGUUAUUAAAGUGAUAGACCACAGGCAAUUUGGCCGUAAACCUAUCGUGGGACAAUGUACCAUUGGGGCACUGGAGCGUUUUCGCUGUGAUCCUUAUGCGACGAAAGCCGACAUUGCACCACAGAUGAAAGGUAGAGCUCCCAUAAUAAUGACAUUUUUCUUAUCGGAUGUAGGUCUGUUAACAAUCAACACAAUUUGCAGGAAACAUAGCAAACAUGCAAUCUCUUGAAGUAAAUGUACGCCGACUUUUCUGUAGCUUCCAUUCGUUUAUGAAUGUUGUAGAGGCAACUUUUUCCAUGGAUGUUAGACUGACUCAGCACACCUGGCAGUAUCGUUUUUAAAGAACUAGUAUUCACUAGGGAUGCUUGAGGAAAACAUUAUUCAUGAAUUUUGAUACAAAUUGACUGUACCAAUAUCUUCUGGACCGUAGAGGUCUGUAGAGACCUGAAUGCAGUUUUCCUUUGGUUUUUAUACUUCUUCAGAUGUUGUGGUACAGUUCUCUGCAUGUUGGGGGAUGCAUUUAGAAAUGGGUGCUUUGAGGGAAUACAUGUUUUGAGAGAAAAUAUGGAUUUAAACAAGUUAUUGUGUGGAUUUAAAAAAAAAUGUAGAUUAAUGUGGAAACAGGACAGGAUAUACUUAUGAAUGAACACAUGCAGAACUGUCACAGUCUUGAAACGAAAACUGAUAAGUCCAUCCCUAGUAUUCACACAUAAUGACAGAAAGUUGAGAAAGCAGCAAGAAUAUUAGCGAAUGAUUUUGCAAUGUCACUCUUGGUACUGCUGUGACCCAGUCCCACCUUUUUAAUUGUUCUGCACACUGAGUUAUGGAGUUAAUAGUUUUCAGCGCCCUGGUGGAAAGCAAACGGGUUGGCUCAAACCUAAGCUAGUUACAUUCCCAUUGAAAUCAACAGGGCUGAAGUUAGUCAUUACUUUUUUUUUUACAUUAAUUUCAGUAAGACCUACGUAUGACUAACAGUUAGAUCCAACCCAUCUAUCUUUAUUGUGGGUUGUAUCCAAUAAAGUUGUCACAGUAGGGCAGUAGAACUUCUCCCCCUCUCAGAACAGAUUUUUUUGGGGCGGGGAUUCCAUUGUACAAAUGGAAUGACCUUGUUGGCUACAUGGGCAUAUCAACUGCCCCUUUAAUCAAGGAAAGAAAUAAAAAUACUUAACUAACUGACCAAUUGUGUUACAGAUAACUUGGUUCUGCCCCCCCUACCCCCAACAUAAAGCCUGACUUACUACCCUGCUUUUUAGGCAAGAUUUUCUCCCAAAGUCGUGUACAAUAAAAUCCACACAAAAGUACAAUAUAUAAAGAAUAUUUUUGUGUGUACAUGUUUGUUUGAGCUCUAGGCAGCUGACAGUUUGGUGCAGGCUCCAGACUUUUCUAGACAAAGAGAGAUAGCAGGAGGAAUUAGAAAAAAAUAAAGGCUAGAAUUAUGACUAAAAAAAAGUUUACAGGUGUGAUUUUUUCCCCCAUGAGUUGCUUAUCAUCAUGGAAUGUUUGAUUUGCAGUUACUCUUCUGUCAGCUGCACCUCGGCGGGAUGUGAUCAUUGAAGUAGAAGACACGCAACCUUUACUAGCAGCGCAGGUAAUCGCCUUAAUUUGCAGGUUCAGUUCUUUCCAUUUUUGUGAUCAGUUCAUUGGCUUUUUAGCCUACAACUUCAGCAGACACAAACCUAACCAGGCAAAGUGUUUGUAAAAGUUGGAGGGAGCUCUGGGAAUACAAUGUAGAAGUAUACUUUGUUAUUUCUCCAGUCUUACUAUUUUAUUUAUCUGUGUAAAUGGAAAUCUCUUACUUGUAUAUGUUCAUGCUGGUUGUGAAUUGUUUGCCAGCAGCUUUAGAACAUAUUUGCUGUUCUAAAUUAUUCAGUGAAUAAAUUGAUGAAUAAUGUUUGAACUCUUAUCCUGUUCACUGGCAAUCCUUGAGGUUCAAAAUCCAAAAUAUUAAUUAGAUUUGGUUGAAUUUAGGGAGCCCAAAUAGCAUUUUCAUGCAGGUGCUGUUAAACAAAACACCUGUCAGUUGCAUGGCCUACCUGUUAUUUCCUCAAUUACAUGGCAAGAUGAAUGGCUCAACUUAGAUGAAUGUAGUGCACAUUUGCAUUUAGCAAGUUCAAAGUAAUUUUGAACAUCAAUACGUACUCCUAUAUUAUUUACUGUAAACUGAGUAUUGCCAGUUAACUAAUAUGCAAGAUUGUUCAUCAAAGGCAAAUAUGAGUCCAAAUGCUAAUGCUUAAUGCAUUUUUUAGCUUGCGUGCUAACACAUGAUGAACAUAUUUGAAGUUCAUCAUUUAAUACAAAAGCUUUAAAAUUGUGAUUUAUAUGUUUCUAUGUAAUUGCAGGUUGUUUAAAACCGUGUUUGUCUUGCUUUGAGAAGCCCCUUCUCCCUUGUUGACUGCCGUUUCAUUUAGUCUUUGAUGUAGUAUAGCUGCCCUUUAAUUGUACCAUAUGAGAGAGCCAAUUAGAUGAGCAAACAUUGUGUUAUUGUAAACACACUGAGUGAUGAUAAAGUAAACCACAGAGGUCCAUGUCCUUGCAGAUAAUAACAUAUGUUUGUUGUAUCAGUAAGUCUUCCUGUUCGACUGUAAUAAUUAGAGGUCACCAUUCACUAACCACUAUCAAGAAAGAUUGGAGAAAGGAAGGACUGUAGGGUUGUAUACUGCCUGUGGCUUGUAAUAUUUUACUUGAUAACUUCACAUUUUACCUAGAGGUUGUAGGAUUACACUUUUGAAUGAAAAGGAAGAAGUGGUAUUCUCAGGUUCUGAAGAGAUCAACGUAGCAAACUUUUAAAAAAACUUUAAAAAAAUCAAUAUAUCAAUAAAAUAUGGACUUCAAUUAUUUGAGAUAUUUUAAAGGUAAGACAAAAUAAAGGCUUCUUGGGGAAGCAAACAUUAAAAAAGAGUAUGCCGUUAACAGACUAGAAUAACAGAUGUAGAACUUUCCUAAACUACAUUCCAAUUUCUAGUGUUUAAGCGGUAUGUCAACAGCACUCAGCAAAAUGGCUUCUCCAACAACAGUGCAUGUAUGUAUGAAGAAAACGCAUGCGCACUAUUCACCUGGGGCCUUAGGUGCUUUGGUUCACUUGAACUUUCAUUCCUCCUUUGAAUCUUCUGCAGGGAGGUUUUGGAGAAAACCAACUUUCAGGUUUUAAAGCAGAAUGAUUACUUAGAAAAUAAAUUUCCAUUCACAUUUGGACAUUUGCAGAGCAGCAUUUCCAUUUGGAACUGGAAAGCUUGCAUUCACAUUAGCAAUUCACAUAGGGUGCGGAUUUGGAUGUUGACGAUAAGAUGGAAUCAUAUACAAAUAAAACAUAAUAAAAAUAUUUUUUAAAAGUUAAGUUGGAUAUUGAAGGGAAAUUCUUAUCUUCACAUGCAGUAGAUCAGGGGUCAGCAACCUAAGGCCCAUGGGCUGGUAGCAGCCCAUGGGGCUCCUCUAUCCGUCCCAUAGCGACCCCUGCUGCCCCUACCGCCCACUCAGCAUGGCACAGCGCAGCGCGGGGACCAACUUCCGAGUUGAUGGUGCCUGUGUGCAUGAGCACAGGCGCUCCUCCGACCUGGAUGUGUGCCAGAAAUAGUGUGUGCGCACACGCACAGGCGCUCCUCCGACAGAUGGAGCAUGGACUGGCCCAUCGUCCGGUAAGCUUGCCGACCCCUGCAGUAGAUGAUUCUGAUCUUUACAUGGAUGUUUUCUCCAAAAUCUCAAACUUAUUGGUUUUGGGGACACAAUGAGUGUUCAUGGGCUAUACUAUAAUCAGUGGCAUUCACAGCUAGAGGUUAUAAUUGUAGUUUGUUGUGGGAAUUUGUUUUACAGACUUACACAGAAUCAUCAAGUUUAUGUUUUCAAAAUAUCAGGGCAGAAGUGGUGGUGGUAGCUGUACAAAGUGCAGCAAGAAAAUAAUGGUUCAUUUUGCGUGUGUUUUCUCUCUCUUUCAUUAGAAUGCCAAUCGAAAUAAUAAUUUUCACAGUACUUUCUCUCUGUUUCGAGCUCUAAAGGAGGGCUGGGGAAUCUGGGACCCUCCAGAUGUUGCUGAACCUAAACUCCCAUCGUCUCUCAUCAUUGGCCAUGCUGGCUUGGGCUGAUGGAAGUUGGAAUCCAACAACAUUUGGAGAUGACAAGUUUUCUACUCCAGAAAAAAAACAGUUUCUCUCUCCCCCCCCCCCAACGCCAAUAUAGAAUAAUUCAUGGGACUACAACUUUCAAUAGCCAAAUGGUCAGAGCUUUACCAGGUGCUGAGGGCACAAUAUUGUGUGGAAAGUAUUUAUUGCACAAAGUCUGGCUUUCACAUCAUGGUAAACUAAUAAAAUAAAACAGAGAUUAAGGUUGCAACCCCAAAAUAAGUCCUAUCAAACUCACUGGAACUUACUUUUCAACAGACAUGAAUAAGGUGGUUCUGUAAAGUGCUUAGAUAUUUAUUUAUUUAUUUAUUUAUUUAUUUAUUUAUUUUCUCUCUUGACUACCCUCCCAAAGGAACCCUGUGAUAAAACAAUGCAAUUCAAAAUAAUGUAAGCCUAUCUAAAGCACGGAUUUGGAAUCACAUGGCGUAUGACCGCAAUCUUCAUAAAACUGAAAAUAAAAUGGAAUUCUUAUAUAACACAUCCUAGUCACCUUUUAACAGUAACAGAUCACCAGUGCAGUUUUAAUUACUUGGAAGAUUCUGAACAAAUGAAUGAGUCCUGGAACUGUCAGGCUGAUAAUCAGGUUGAGCCCUUGUGGUAGUUCCAUUAGAUGCUUUAUUUUCCAACUGUAUCAAAUUGCUGUAUUAAUUUUCUGGAGUAUCAAAUUGUUGGAUUUACAGGUCUGAUGGUUAUGAAAUGGACAUACUACCCUAAUAAAUUCUUGGUCAAUAUGCAGAGACACACACACACAAAAAUAUAUUGCCUGCACAUUUAAUAUAUUCAUUAAACACCCACAAUUUAUUUUAUUCAGUGUAUAGAACCGGGGGGAAAUAUUGGUUGAAUUUUAACUAUUCUGCUUUGGUUUUUCCUUCCCCAUCCCUUUGGAUGUGUCCUCCUGAACAGCUCACAGAAAAGGUAAUGAAAUCUAUCCUAAUUUUGGUUAUGUAAACUAUUCCCUUUGUACUUAUUAAGAAGUCUCACCAUGUUCUAAAAUAUGUGGUAAUACAGCACACAAUAACUUUACAUUGUUAAAGUUAACUAGCCUCAACCUGGUCAGUUGCGGCUGCAUGAGUUUAAGUUUCUGGAAGGAAGAAUACGGUCGUACCUUGGUUUUCGAGCAGCCUAGUUCUCGAAUGUUUUUGCUCCCAAAUGAUCAAAACCCGGAAGUGACUGUACUGGUUUUCAAAUGUUCUUUUGGAAGCCGAACGUCCAACAGGGCUUCUGCAACUUCCGAUUGGCUGCAGGAGCUUCCUGCAGCCAAUCAGAAGUGGCGCUUUGGUUUUCGAACACUUUGGCAGCCGAACAAACUUUUUUAAUGGAUUCUGUUUGACUUCCAAGGUACAACUGUAUUAAUAAAGGGGUGGAGCUAAAUGCAGUUUGGCCCACCCAUUUCCUCUCAAAAAGCAGCUCUGAAAGGAGGACCCAUUGGAAGAAAAGUUCCACGUUCCUCGUUGUAUUUAUUUAAUGAGAUAUCCACAAGAGAACCAAUGAAGCUCUGUUGAAAUGAAGAGAUAUAACAAGCAAUAGCAAUUGGCCAGAUGCACCUUUGUCACUUCAGUUUUCUGCUCUGUAUUUCGGACUAAAUCUUUAGCUUCUUACAUAUUCUGCCUUUUAUUUGCAGUGCACUCCCUGUACAAGUUGCAUGGAAAGCAGGUUGAGUGUCACCAGAACCCAAAUUUAGGGUCAGGGAACUGCAAACGUGCAGAGCUCCCGACACCUUGCCAUAGAUGUGCCAAUGUGAAUCUUAACCACUGGAGGCCUCUCUGUGCCCCUCAGGUCACCCAGAGCCAAGUCUGCCAGUUUAGUGCGCCUACUCUGAAGAGAUCUGCUGGGAAGAGCCCUUGCUGGGAUUGUGGGGAAAGAGGUCCUAUGCCAGGAAAAGGCAUCUCAUGCAAGAGGGUUUUCUGGCAUAUCCAAUGUAAUCUGGCAACAUUCCAGAGGCUUUGAGGCUCUGUUAGAUCUAGAGCCAUUCUCUGCCUUGCAGCUUUUUGCUACAGGAACCGUAUGAUCUGUGAAUCUCUCUUGGCCCCAUCAUAGACUUUUGGGCCAUUUAAUCAGAAUGUCUUCUAGUGAGGUCUACAGCACACAUAUCCAGCUUAAGGUGCCCCUUCCUCUGCUUGCUGUGAUUGGUUAAGCCUUGGCCCUUGCUAUACAUGUGUGCUGCCUAGCUUCCACACCUAAGGACUAGAUCUGAGGUGGGGAGCCUGUGGGGAACUUCCAGGUAUUGCUGGACUUCUAAAUCCCUUCAGGCCAAGUUAACAUGGCCAGCAGAUAGGGCUGAUGAAAGUUGUAUUUCAGCAACAUUUGGAGGGCCACAGGGUCCCCAUCCAUGGGCUAGAAUAGAUCAUCCUGGAAUUUCAGUUUGUUUUUACAUACACCUAUAAUCUCCCAUUUUUAUAUAGGAGGAAGAAAUUGUCGACUGGUGGAGCAAGUUUUAUGCUUCAAUAGGAGAUACUGAGAAAUGUGGACAAUAUAUUGCAAAGGGAUACGAUACGCUAAAGGUAUUUGUUUUGAGUGCAUUCUUGUUGUUGUUUAAAGAUGUUGCCAACUUUAAAAAUAAGCAGACUUUAGUUCAAUGUACUGUUUUUGGUUGAACUUGCCACCCUCAAUUUUAAAAAACUUGAGGCAUAUUGCUUUUUUAUUUUUGUACAAGGGGUUGUGAAAUAGGUCCCGGGGGGGAAACUCCAAAGUUACCUUGAAAGAGGCAUAUUCUCUUGCAUGAUCACUGCACAUUUUGCAUGAGUGCUAUGGGAAAAUGACAAGAUCACGCCACCAAAAAACAGAUUGCUGCUUACUGUAUUAUUAUCCCAGGCAAUCUAAAGUUCUUUCACAUGCACCAUGAAUUAUAUAUACACACACAGUCACUUUCUUUAAAACUUAGGGAUGUUUUGCAAAGUUGUGCAUUUAUUGAAGCUUGCCACUUGUUUGUUUCUAAUGCUUUUUUUGGUAAUUUUACCUAACUUUUGUUUCAAGGUGUACAAGAGUGAACUGGAGAAUGUACCCGAUUUUAGGGGUUUAACAGAUUUUUGUGAUACUUUCAAGCUGCAUCGGGGCAGGUCUGAAGAAAAUGAUGACCCUAGUGUUGUGGGAGAAUUUAAGGUAAAACACGCACACCUUAAAUUACAUUAUUAGGCAGAAAACCAAGCUUAAGUUCUGCGUAGUACUCCAUUCCUAAGACAGAACAGAUACCUAAUAACCAAGUAAAAAAGGCUUGUUUUGGUUUGGACUUACCUUUUCAUUUUUGUUUAACUUCAUAGGGCUCUUUUAGGAUCUACGCAUUACCAGAUGACCCUAAUGUACCACCACCUCCUCGGCAGUUCCGUGAACUUCCAGACAGUGGGCCUCAAGAGUGUAUCAUUCGGAUUUAUAUAGUCCGAGGCUUAGAACUCCAACCUAAGGAUAACAAUGGAAUGGUGAGUUAACAUUUCCAGAUGACCGUUAAGAUUAGACCACUAUUGUCUACAACAGGGACAUCCAACUCCCAAGAGACUGCAAUCUACUCACAGAAUAAAAAACUAGCAGUGAUCUACCCGAGGUGUUGAGUUGUUGAGCUUUUUUUAGGGAGGAAAGUCCCAUUUUGGAGAGGAAAAUGUCGCUCACCAAGGGAACAAUCUGCCUCGCAGUGAAAACUCUGUCUUCUGUUCUAACGAUCAUGCGUGAAUGGAGGAGGGGGAGGGGCCGGAUGCUCUUAUGCCACCACAAGGGAGCCCAUAAUCAACACCGGAACCUCAUGAUUGACCAGUUAGACAUCCCUGGUCUGCAAGUUGUAGUACAGCUUUGGACCAGGAUUCUGGUUUCGACCAGGAUUCGGGUAAUAUUAUUAUUAAUAGUAAUAAUAAUUUUGCAAUAAUUUAGCAGGGAGAAAUAGGCAGAUAUAUACAGUGGUACCUCGGAAGUCAAACGGAAUCCGUUCCGGAAGUUCAUUACACUUCCAAAAAUGUUCACAAUAAUAACAAUAACAACAAUAAUAAUUUAUUAUUUGUACUCCACCCAUCUGGCUGGGUUUCCCCAGCCACUCUGGGUGGCUUCCAACAAAGAUUAAAAAUACAUUAAAAUGUCACACAUUAAAAACUUCCCUAAACAGGGCUGCCUUCAGAUGUCUUCUAAAUGUCAGGUAGUUUGACAUCUGAUGGGAGGGCGUUCCACAGGGCGGGCGCCACUACCGAGAAGGCCCUCUGCCUGGUUCCCUGUAGCUUUGCUUCUCACGGUGAGGGAACCGCCAGAAGGCCCUCGGCGCUGGACCUCAGUGUCCGGGCAGAACAAUGGGGGUGGAGACACUCCUUCAGGUAUACUGGGCUGGAAACCAAGGUACAGCUUCCGAUUGGCUGCAGAAAGCUUCUGAAGCCAAUUAGAAGCCGCAGAAGCCAUGUCAGACAUUCAGGUUCUGAAGAACGUUCGCAAACCAGAACACUCACUUCUGGGUUUGCGGCAUUCGGGAGCCAAAAAGUUCGACUCACAAGGCAUUUGGGAUCCAAGGUAGGACUGUACAGAGCUAUGAAUACUGAAAUGUUUUAUAAAAUAAUACCAUGACUGAGAAUGCCAGACUUGGAAUUGAGAAUCUGGCUGAAAUUUUCAGGUGGACGUGGACUCCCCCAGGUGCUCCUAAGCAAGUCACUUCCCCCAUCUAUAUCUCUUAAAAGGCAGCAUCUGUUACCUGCCUCACAGUGGUGUCGCAGCAAUAGAUGAGAUAAGGAUUGCAAUGAGUAACAUAGCAAUUACUUGCAGGGACCAGUGCACCAAGGCAUAAAUGGCGCUCCUUGCUGGGAAGAGCUGGAGUGGUUCUCCAACCUCUUAGGUGAAAGGGCCAGCUCUAUCUGCACAAAAGGCUGCAUGCCCAGAGCUGUUCCAUCGGCCAAAUUUCCUUGGGAAAUUUCCUUGUGUAGGAGCUCCAUAUAUAGACAUGGACCUUCGUAGAAAAUGUGGCAUGUAUUAAUUAUCAAUCCUACAGUGCACAUGAAUUAACAAUACCCUUGUUUCCAAACAGUGUGAUCCUUAUAUUAAAAUCACCUUGGGCAAAAAAGUGGUGGAAGACAGAGAUCAUUAUAUUCCCAACACUAUCAAUCCAAUUUUUGGCAGGUAACUUUUAAGACUUCCUCCUUCUGUGUGAUUAGAAUGGCUCUAAUCCUCUCAUAGAUUAAAGAACAAUUAUGCCUUGUCAUAGCCUUAAUUUUGUUUCAAGAAAUCAUUAUUUCACCUUACUCUUACUUAUGGAAAAAAAGUCAGGGGAAUGGGGAAAAAGUGUGGCAUGCUCUUCUUCUGGUUUUUUGUUAUUGGAGGAUCCUGAAUUGGAUUAGAACACAAUGAGGGAUGGACUAGAACAUUCACCUCAAUUUACAGAGGAAGAAAAUUCUCCCAUUUAAAAAUGCUUAUAUAUUCUGCUGAUAGUACUAAUAUUCCAGUUAAUAAACUGGAAUUGUAUACAAUUUUUUAAAAGGGGUGGGGGAUUUUGGAAGAAGGUAGAGAGUUUAAUCCUUAUGCUAAUGAUAUGCUAAUGUCCUCAGAAUGUGACGAAUUAAGAUGUAUUUAUAAGUUAGAAAUAAGGAUUUUUAUAGUACUCAUUUGCUGUUUUUUUCUAUCAGCCAAUUAUCUUGUAUCAGCCCACAGGUCCAUAGUGACCCUUGCAGGGUGUUUAACUAGUAAUUCCAAUUGCAGUGGCUUACUGGUUUAUGAAAAAUGCUGAUCGUAUUUGUUGUGAGUGUCACUAAUGUUUUCAGGGUGGUUAGUUUUCUGAAUUUCAAACAUGCCAAAUAUUCCUGUGUUUAGAAUGUACGAACUGAGUUGCUUCUUGCCUCAAGAGAAGGAUCUGAAAAUUUCUGUUUAUGACUAUGAUAUGCUGACUCGAGAUGAAAAAGUUGGUGAAACCAUCAUUGAUUUGGAAAACAGAUUUCUCUCCCGCUUUGGAUCUCAGUGUGGAAUACCACAGCAGUACUGUGUGUAAGUUGCUCACUGCUAUAGCUAUUAAAAACAUGGAAAACCUAAGCCCAUGAUUAAAUGUCUCCCUGCGAAAACGACGUUCCUUAGAAGCAGUUAUCUUGGCUGGACUUAACGCCUCAUAUUUACUGCAUUUUCACAGACUGUGAUAGGAUAUGCUAUGGUUUUCCUGAUUAAAGCAUUGUCUCCACUGAACUUACCUCAGUUCAGAAUCCUAUAUAUAUAUGCCAAUGUGCCCCUGAAGCUCCUGCACAUGUGUGCUUUUCAAUAAGGCAGCUUCAUAAGUAAAAAGGAUUCAUAUCUAAGACUGCUGCUUUCAUUACAGGAAAUGGGAAGCCCUUGUGAGCAGUGCCAAAUAAUAUUUUACAGCUUCAGUGUGUGUGUAAGAAAUCAAGAGGGAAGCAUCCUUCAUGUGGGCACUUCAUUUUCAUUGCAACAAAAAAUAUAGCCUAGAAGUGUGUGUAUGUUUGGCUUCAUUCAGACAUAACACUAAACCAUGGUUUCAGGAAUGAGCAUAGCAUCCACCCAGACUCAUAUACGGUACUUCAUUCUUUUCCUCCAGCUUGGCUAGAAAAAAAUUAGAAGCUCCGCUUCCAUUUUAGAUUAGCCACAGUUUAGUGUAUCCGCCGAACCAUAAAAUGUGGUUAAUCUUAACUAUGCUUAGUGAAAACAGCCAGCUUUAUCAAGUAUGAUUUGAAGCUGAGUGAGCACAGUUUGUCCAGGCUUGAAAUAGGUGAUUGGCAAUGGAGGGAAAAUCACUUGGGCUCAGAAGAAGGCUAAACUAGUUCUCAUAGGCUCCAAAAUAGCCUAGCAUAUUUUAGUUUCGCAAAACACCCUAUUGUGGAGUCGAAUUCCCGUCUUUUAAAUUCAACAUAAUUCCAUCCACUCGUUCAUCAUAUUGAGGAAUAUGGCAAAGCAUUACUAAGAAAUGAUGUGCCUGUAUCCAAGAGACACGCUGUCUAUCUAUCCUGAAUUUUUUUUUUUUAUUUUUUUUUAAAGCAAUUUAUUGGGUUUUACAAUAGGAAUAAAUGUAAUAAACAAUAUAACAUUCGUCUUGACAUAAUUUCACAUUUUCUUUGGACUUCCUCACAUCUCCCGCUCCCACCUUCAUCAUUAUAACAUUUUGUCAGCAAUUUAUCAUCUAUUUAAAUUCUAUAUCUCUUCGAUAUUUCAUAAUCUUAAAGUUCUACUAAAGAGUUAAACUUUCACAGUUUUUCUUAUUUUCUAAAGACUUCUGGGUUAAGUGGUGUGCUCAGUUGGUUUAGUCUAGCAUCUUGGUCUGUGCAUUCAGUCAAACCACAAUGUUUUUGUAAGUAGUUCUAAAUUUCUUCCAACUCUCCCGAUUCUCUUCCUCCCAGGUCACGGAUUCUUGGCCAGGUCAUUUCAGUCAGCUGUGGCUAUAGUCUGCAUCAGUUGCAUCUGCCAUUCUUCCAGUGUGGGUGGAUCUUGAGUUUUCCAAUGUUUUGCGAGUAGUAUCCUGCCAAGGUUGGGGUUGCAUACAUAAAAAUGUCUGGUCCUUCUUGCCACCCCCUUGGCUGGACAAUACCCAAAAGGAAAGCCUCUGGUUUUAGUGAAAGUAUAUUUAAUACCUUUUCAUCCAUUGGUAACUGCUCUCAGAACGCCUUCACUCCUUAGGGCAGGUCCACCAGAGGAAAGAACGUUCUUCCACACUCUUUUACAUUUCCAGCACUUGUUAUCAGACAGGAGGUAAAUUUUUGCCAGUUUGACUGGGGUCAUAUACCAUCUAUAAAUCAUUUUCAUUACAUUUUCUUUCAAAGCAUUACAUGCAGUAAAUUUCAAUCCAUUACUCCCACAGCCUUUCCUAGUCCUCAAACAUACCACACCCACAUCCUGUGCUCCACCUUUUAUCAUAGCCGAGAUUUCACUUGUAAGGCCCUGGCUUCAAAAGGCAAUUUUAAGCUUGCCCUUGCCCUAAAUACCCUUGUUUCUAAUUUCGAUUUCCACCUGAACCCUAGUUUCUACCAUUUUUAAACUUCUUUAAUCUGAGCAUAGUGUAACCAAUCUCGCACUUUGUCUUUCAUUUUCUCCAAACUCUGCAAUUUCCAAUUGUCUAUCUAUCCUGAAUUUUUCUCUUAAUUCCUAAAAAAGCUCAGGUAUCAAUACAUGGAGAGACCAACUGAAGCCAACACAACUCUUGCAAAAUUUAGCCAGGGUCAAAGGCUAUUCUCCCCCAGUCCUUUCUGAAAACGGGAGGAGGAUUAGUUAUGGAGGAAGAGAAUACACUUUGGAAGAAUUUGGUGAGUUUUCUCCUUGUUAUUGAGUUUCGCUGAUUUGUGUUUGUGCUGUCCCCACUGUGUUUUCCUUGAGCAUUUAUAUUUAUAAGAAUAUAGAAUUGAAACUUCAUUGUCAAUUGUAGCCAGCAGUUUUGAUGUGGAAAACCAGAUCAGCAUGUGGAACUGGGGCUUUCCAGUUGUUCACUAUAGGAAAGUGAAAGAGAUGCAAUGCAUGACUGAGUGGAAUUUUGCCUUUCCAUAGCUAGCAGUGAAAACCCCAUGUGCUCAUAGAUCUAGCAGGCUGUUCUUGGUCCACAAUAAAUCUAUUGAAUGAUUGUAUAUAUUUAUACUUGCUAAUUUCAGUAUUUGGCUGUGAAUGCCUACUGAUUUACAUUUUUCUUUCUUUACUUCAGAGGCCAACAAAAAACUGCAUGAACACCUUGGGCCUGGUGAAGAACGGCUUGCCCUUUACAUUCUCAGAACUCAGGGCUUGGUGCCUGAGCAUGUAGAGACAAGAACUUUGUGCAGUACCUUCCAGCCAAACAUCUCACAAGUACUAUACAUUUAUAUUUUAUUUAUUACUGCAUUUAUAUCCCACUUUUCUUUCAAGGAGCUCAUCUCUACAUCAGUUACAUCCACCAAGUCCCCUGGUGACUGGCUUGGCAUCACAUACCUGAUGUAGAUACAGUGUUUUUUUCUGGGAGGACGCAGGGGGACGCCUACCCCUAAACACUUUAUGAAUCUAAGUUUGGCCUCAUUGAGGGGCAGUAUUUCAAUAGGAGCAGGAAAAUGACAGUACCCCUAAACAUUUUUUUAGAAGAAAAAAAGUGCACUGUGUAUCCACUGGGACCUCUAGCUGUAUCAAACCCCCCCUCAAAAAAAUACCACACACAAUUAGAGCUGGAUGAGGAUUUUUCAUCUUUAUCAUAUUUUGUCAUUUGGGGGCAGGGUGAGCUUCUGGCUCCCCCCCCCUGCAUGUUAAGCAUUGUUUGUUUGUUUGUUUGUUUGUUUGUUUGUUUUGUUAUUAUAUGAAGUGGUAUGAGAAGCUGUUCCAUGGGUCACUGCAGUAUUCCGUUCCUGAUGUUUUGGUAAAGACCUGUAAUUUUUCACAGCACUUCAAGCGCUGUAUUGACUGUGGCAAGGGCUUGGGCGUUCCAAGUGAAAUUUCUGACAUCUUCACCUUGAAACAACAGGAAACCCAGCAAUGCCAUGUCAUAAAUUACUUUUGAAAGGUCUCAUGUGUUUCAACCAUGUGUUGCCAUGUGACAUGGUAGGCAGGUGUAAGAGUGGAGAAUCAAGCCCAAGAUCUAACUGUGCAUAUGCAAUAAGCUGCAUGGUUCUUUGGAUUCAGGCCAUGAUAUCAAAUUGGAAUACUGAUGUCAUAUAACAGGGUUUUUUUUUAAAAAAAGACCUGACACGAUUGCCUUACUUGAUACAGGGGAAGCUUCAGAUGUGGGUGGAUGUUUUCCCCAAAAGCAUGGGUCCACCCGGCCCCCCUUUCAACAUCACUCCUCGCAAGGCUAAGAAGUAAGUAAAUAAGGAUUACGGUAGGUGGCAUGCUUUUUUGGAACUUCCAUGUUGACUCUUUAACUGCAGUGAUGAUUAUGAGCACAGUGUUUGCAUUUACUUCAUAUUCUGUUCCAGUCCUUUCCACUGCUAGAAUACAAACGUGUUCUUUAUACUCCACAACAGGGAUAUCCAACCAAGUGCCUUCCAAAUGUUGUGGACUACAAGUUUAACCAUUCCUUUUUUUAAAAUAUUUUUAUUAGUAAUUUCAACAUAACAUUAUCAAAAAGCAUAUCAUCCUUAAAUCCCCCCUAUUUUUCCCUCCCCCCUCACCAAAACAUAACCCACCCUCCCCUUCUCCCCCCCCUGGACUUCCCUCAGCUCCUCUCUCUGGUUUACCAACAUAUGUUAUUUUCUGCAUGUUACAAAACUGUACAGAUCCUUAAUUUAUCUAUCUAAAUAUUAUCAGUAAAAAGUUUGUGAAUGUUUAUUCAAAACCUGCCAAGGAGUCCAGUUCAUUUUGUUGUUUCUUUAAAUACUGACACACAAAUUACAUGACAAGGAUAACUGUGACUUUAAAGAUGAAUGGGAACCCUUUACAAGUUUAACCAUUCCUGGCCACUGGCCAUGCUGGCUUGUGAUGAUGGGAACUGUAGUCCAAAACAUCAGUAACGAACCAUAUUGGCUCCCUCUGAUCUGCUGGAUAUAAACCUAAGAGCAAAUCCUGUAUUCCAGGUAUGAACUGCGGGUAAUUGUGUGGAACACAAAGGAUGUCAUCCUGGAUGAAAAAAGCAUCACAGGGGAAGAGAUGAGUGAUAUCUAUGUGAAAGGGUAAGAGACCCAUAUCCCAGAUCUUGUUAAUGAUGAACACAACUGUAAGAUCAAUUUAAAGGUCUGGUUCUCAUUAAGAGUACCACUGCAUUGAGCUUUGACUGCAGAAGUUUCCAGGUUCAAUCCCCAGCAGCUCAAGGAGGGAAAAACCCGUGUCUGGAAGCAUGAAGAGCCACUUCCUGUCAGAGCAGACAGAGCUGGGCUAGAUGGACUUGGUACAAGGCAGCUGCCUGUGAUGUCAUUACUGGAAGAAGGAAUUAAUGAAAGGCUGGAAAGUUGUCCUCAGGCACAAAAAUGUCUUGAGCUGGCCCUGUCAAAUGACUUCUUUGUUAUCUUGGGUGUAGGAAGUUUAAUGGGGACAUUGGGACCGAUUACUGGCAAUAUAUCUAACUGGCAGAACUGGCCACAUUACACUGAGAUUAGUGGAGCUAUUUGGGAUGAAAUCAGACAAGAGAGUGCCAGGGUCUCUGUUUCAGUUCUGAUGUUUUGCAACGUAAACAUUACAGCUCCGAAGCUGCAGUGAAGUGUUGCUGCAUUGUGCAAAGCCAUCAGUCCUAUUCACUAUACACAGCUAAAUGUCAUUGUUUCUGACUUUCAGAUGGAUGCCUGGCCAUGAAGAAAAUAAGCAGAAAACAGAUGUGCAUUACAGGUCCCUAGACGGGGAAGGGAACUUCAACUGGAGAUUUAUUUUUCCUUUUGAGUAUUUCCCAGCUGAGCAGCUCUGUACAGUUUCAAAAAAGGUGAUUCUUCUCUGAUUAUGUUAAUAAUAAAAAUUAAGCUUGGCCAUUCACAGCCAAAGGCCUUGCACCAGGACACUGAGUUGUGUGUAGAUUUUUCCUGAAUCUUUAAAAAAAAUAAAAAACGACACAGCAAACUGCAACCUCCACAGCCACAUGUUUUGGUAGAUCUGUUUGGAAUGGAAGGAAAGUUCUGUCCCCUCUAUUGUUUUUUUCUGCUCAGAUUUGCUGUUCCCCUGCACAGAUGCUUUUCCAUCCAUAGAGGAAAAGAGACAAGUAGAAAAGUAGCAGAGUAUAAGAACAUGAUUUUGGGAAGGAAAUGACCAGAGUAGAAAGGGUUAAAAAGCCCUUCCCACUUACUGUUCUUCCACUGAAACUUCCAGCCUCCCACAUCUGCUUUUCAUAUAAAGAAAAAUCAGCCUUAAUAUUGGAAGAACUAUUACAGGUGUCUGUAAUGUCAUAUCUAGAGUAGCCCAUAGGUAGGUCAGAUUGUGGCCUUUACCAAAUUCACACAUUCAAGCAAGUAUUCGUCACUCCUUGCCACCUGAAUAUUUUAAAAUGCAAAUAUUUUGUUAUGAAGCUUGCUUUGCAUAUCCCUGAGAUACAGUUUUCUUUCCACUAUGUCUGAUGAGUUCUAAGAUACAAAAAAUAAACUCCACACCUUUUUGGCUCCAGAACUACAAACCUGCAUAAUAUUAAAGUGUUUCAUAGUGUGAAAAUUUCAGGUAAGAUUCUUUUUUUAAAAAAAGCAAUAUAUUGACAGUUCAGAUGCAAGGAAACCAAUUACUUGUCUGCUGUGAGUGCAGCAGCAAAAGUUUUCACCAGCUUAGGCAAGCAGAGGACCUUCUAAUGAAUUGCUUUUGAAUGUGAUCCUUUUUGGCCAGCAGACCAAAUCUCUAUCUCAUUCCACCUCUACUGGCCAACUUUGACAGGUGGGUGGAGCCAUGCACUGUCAGUCAUGAUGAUGUCAGGUGUCUGACUCAUCAAAAUUGGCCUGCAGAGGUGAGGGGGGAAGAGAUAUUAAGCAGCAAAUUAGCACUGAGUAGGAUUUAACUCUUCGCUCAUUAGCUGAAGUUGAGCGUGCUGCUGUGGCUGCAUAGUGCUGUUCCUUGUAGGAAACAGUGAGUCUGGCCAAUGCAGAAUUUAACUCUGUCCAUCAACUGAGAUCACCUGCCCAAUCAUGAGCUGAUUGAAAGGUAGAUGUGGUUUGGGGAAUUGGGUCCCCCGGUGGGCCAAAAGGUUGCCCAACCCAGCUUUAGGCACACACUUUUUUCCUGUAGUCACAACUCCCUGUUUGUGGAAAUGCUGCUGACAGAGAGAUGGAAUUAGGGGCAGUGGGAGGGAGGUUGGGUCACUGCAGCAGGCAUGAAAAUUACUAUUUCUUUUUACUGGUUUUGUUCUCCUUAGGAACACUUUUGGAGCCUUGACAAUACAGAAUUCAGAAUUCCACCCAAGCUGCUUAUUCAAAUAUGGGACAAUGAUAAGUUUUCCUUGGAUGACUAUCUCGGUAUGCCCUUUGAAGUAUAAUAUGGGUUGGUUGGGUGGGGAGUUUUGCAAAGGGAGAGAUUUUUGUCAAGUUUUCAUUUGGAGAGAAACGAAGUGUGUGACCAGAUUUCCCACCCACCAACCCUUCUGUCUUUUCCUAUAGGUUUUGUUGAACUUGAUUUACACAAUGCAAUUGUGCCAGCAAAGUCUCCAGAAAAGUGCUCUUUGGACAUGAUUCCAGAAUACAAGCCAACUAACACUCUCAAGACCCCUAAGAUUGCUUCACUCUUUGAACAGAAAUCCAUGAGAGGAUGGUGGCCAUGCUAUGCAGAAAAAGAUGGCUCCCGUGUUUUGGCUGUACGUCCCCGUUAAUAUGCAUAAAUAGUUACAUCAUUAGUUGCCAGGGUUUCAUUUUGCUUCUAAAUCUCUUAUAACUCCCUCCCCCUCCAGCACUUCUCCACCUUCCUUAAAUACCAUGAGCAAAAUAUCAUAAUAGCAUAACUCAGCCUUCCUCAAACUGGUGACCUGCAGAUGUUGUGACCAUCAUCAGAGCUGGGGCUAAUGGGAGCUACUGUCAAAAACAUAUGGAGGGCACCAGGUUGGAAGAGGCUGGAAUAACUUGCCAGAUGUGCACAAGAUCCAGUGAUUGCAGCCAGGACCAACUGACAUGAAUAGUUUAUCUCCCAUUGAUUUUAAUGCAUUCAUAAUAUUUUCUGAUUCAAGAGCUGUGAUCUAUAUCUCCAUGCGACACCCCCCCCCCCAUUUUAUAUGACUUGAAAAUAUAUUAUAAUUAGUGUUUUGUGGCAUAUAAACCCAAGGAUUCUAUGCACACAAAUUUCCAGUUUUAUUUCUUAAAACUUAAUGGUAGGCAUAAAGAACCUAGCCCACCCUAUGUAAUUCCUCUUCUUCAUCUGUAAUGCCUGACACUGGAGGUCUGUUUUACUUUCAUUGUGAAUCCUUGAUGGUAUUUUCAUUUAUUUUAAGGGUAAAGUUGAGAUGACUCUGGAAGUCCUUGGUGAAAAAGACAUUGAUGAACGGCCAGCUGGUAAAGGCAGAGAUGAACCUAAUAUGAACCCCAAAUUAGAGCAACCAAAGUAAGAUACUUUGCUAUAUUUGAAUUCAAUAUUCUUUAACCUUGAGUAUCCAGAUGUUGUUGAACUACAAUUCCCAGCAUCCCUGAUUGGCUAUGCUGGCUGUGGAUGAUGGAAGUUGUGGGGAUAGGAGAUGAAUGAAUGCUAUGCCAAAUCUAGAUGUCUGUGCCAUACAUCUGAAGCACCCUUAUACCACUUUAAAAGUCAUGGCUUCCCCCAAGAAUCCUGGGAGCUACAGUUUGUUAAUGGUGUUGAAAGUUAGGAGACCUCUCACAGAACUACAAUUUCCAGCACCCUUAACAAACUACAAUUCAUGGGGGAAGCCACGACUGUUAAAAGUGAUAUAAGAGUACUUAAAAUGUAUCGUGUGGGUGUGACCUUAGUCAGGCUUAAUGUAAACCCAUUGAAAUAAAUGAUUUUAUUCUAAGCAUGACCAAGUCAGGAUCCAACACAGUGUUCUCAAGAAAUAACUGACUGUAACAUGAAUUAAACAAAUCAACUAUUUUAAUACAUUUAGCAUCAACUAUAUACUGGAUGCUUUAUAGAACCUAUCCAUGAUAUAUAGGCCCUCUCUGCAGCACAUAAUCAAAAUUCUGAACUGUCUGGUCUUUAGUUUUAUAAAUAUGAGACAUUAUAUGCUAGGCUUUACUAAGUUUCCAGAUAAUUUAACUUUUAUACCUAAGCAGCAAAUAUCAUGUGCCUAUUUUCAUUUAAACCCCACUUGACUGAUUUGCCAGUAAGGAGUCAUGUAAAAGCCCAAGGCAACAUGUAAGUAAUAGUAAUGUGAUUUCAUUAAUAAAAAAUUGUCAAUGAAACUUGGCAUUCAGAUUUCAUAUUGGGAUUCGGCUCCCUAGUUUUUGAAUUGUUUGAACCUUCUCAGAGCAGAGUAGGCAAUGGAAGUCAUGGAGGAACCAUUACAACUGUGUGACAUCAGAGCACAGCUGGUAGUGGCAUCAAGAGAGGUAAAGGCCAGGCAAACACUGCAAGAAAAUGAAAAGGAUGAGGGAUAGAAAACUACUGUGUAAGAUUUAUAAGCAAGGUUGCCCUAACUACAGGGCUGGCAAAAUUCCAAAGGCACCAUGCAGCUAGGAAAAUGCUGGAUGGGAGAAACCCAGCUUCCUUUCCCCAACUCAGUAUUCAGAAUAGCAGGCUCAGCUCCAUAGAAGUGAAUAGAUUGAAGACUCUCACCUGAAGACUCCUAACCUGCAUACAAGAAGAUGAAGGCAAUAGAAAUGUGAAUUUACAGCAAAUUGGCUCAAACUGGUCUUAUUUUAAAACAUCUGCCUUUUGUCUUUGUAUGAGAUGCUCUAAGCAUGAUCAACUGUAAUGGGGUAGCCAAUGUGAUACCCUCCAGAUAUUGCUGGACUACAACUCCCAUGAUCUCUGACUAUUGCUGGCAGGGGUUGAUGGGAAUUGUAGUCCAAAUUGUUCAGAGGCUACCAGGUUGGCAAUCUUUGUCUUACACAAAAUCGAGAACACAGCCCAUUAGCAAUAAAUAUGCUAGUUACUUGGUAUCCUUUGUUCCUUGCUAAGGUAACCAACUUUUUUUGUUGUUGUUCCAAAAUAUAGCCGACCAGAUACAUCUUUCCUUUGGUUCACAAAUCCAUGCAAGACAAUGAAAUUCAUUGUGUGGCGCAGAUUUAAGUGGGUCUUCAUUGGCAUCCUCCUCCUCCUGAUUGUGAUCUUGUUUGUAGCAAUUCUUCUGUACUCACUGCCGGUAAGCACUUAAAAAUGUGUAAUAGUGUUUUUUGCUUGUGACAUUGCGUCUGUCUGUUAUAGGCUUAUAUUCAGGAUACAAGCCUGCUGCUCCUGUCCAGGAAGCAGUACAUGAAUUACUAUCAUUGGAAAGGGAAGGAAAUAAAUUGCCUGUCAUUUCCCUUAAGGGAAUUUUAUAUCUUCGGAGGGUUUAUCUCUGAAGAUAACUUGGAACAAGAUGUAAUGCAGAUGUAGCAGCUAGCUGCUUUGUUGACUGAGGCCACUAGCCAGAGUUACUCCAGUUCUCAAAGCUCUGCCAAUACAUUUCCCAGCCAAAUCCAAAUUUUACAGAUGAUGCAUCUGGGGAGGAUGAUCCUUAGCAUCCCAGCAUUAGAAUGGUAUAUUUUGCUGGGAAACAAGGGCAGACAUUAAUGGUGGCGCCCUAGUUUUGGAAUUCCCUCCCCCUUGAAAUCUAGUUGGUGCCUUAACUGCUAACCUUUAGAUGCCAGGCUGUCCUGUCCAUGUCUUUGACAAUAGCUUCACUGCCAUUUGAAAUGGUUUCAAUUGCUAUUUUGAUUGUAUUGUUGUGGUUUUUUUAAUUGAUAAUAUGGUUUUAUGGGUUUUAUUGUUACCUGUCCAGAGAUCUGUGGGUGUGGGACAGGAUAUAAAAAGCCUAAAUUAAAUUAAAAGUCUGUUGAACUGAGUUUUUAGCAAAACACUCUUCAACUAAAAUAAGUGUGUGUUUAAAUUCAGAGUGCACUUUGAUCACUUUUCCUUCUCUUUUUUUGUAGAACUACCUGUCAAUGAAGAUUGUGAAUCCAUUUCCAUCUGGUUAAGGAAGAUCGUUUUCUAUAAAAUGUUACAUUCCAGUAAGGUUUUGAAACCUCCACCUUUGGACCUAACAUAACCACCUGAUAAUCCUAUACCUAUCUACUCAAAAACAAGCCCCACUGAAUUCAGUGGGACCUACUCCCUGGAUAGGAUCGCGGCAUAAAUCAAACUGCUUGUGUUUUUAACCAGGAAGAGGGUCAUUUCUAAGAAUUGAACUGUUAUGUAUGAUGUAUUGGGUGGUGCCAACUGUAAAAUACUAUGCUACAGUUCAGCAUUUUGACUACAACAGUUUAUUUUCUCGUUUUGUUAUCAUCUUUGUUUUAAAAAUUACUUUCCAAAAACAUUAUUCCAGAAAGCUUUCCCUUUCUCUCUUCUUUUUAAAGAUGCACUCUAUUUAAAGUAUUGUUUUUUUAUCAUGAGCACUUUGAAAUCCUGCCUCUUGAUUUAUGGAAAAAGCAGGCACUACUUACAUUUUUAGAAAUGAAAAAAACAAAACAGUGCAAUAAUAAUUGUUCACCAGCUGUGUGAACCUCAUGUUUUUAAAAGGUCAUAUUUACAGCAACAAGCUUCCAUUCUCUGUGGUUCAACUUUUUGAGCAAAACGAUGAAAUAAAGCAAUAUAAACUCGUGA